AUGAAGAGAAGGAUGAGGAGUCUUCUGUUCAGCCUCACCCUCGCAGCUCUUACCUGCGGCACGGCUGCUCAAAGUCCAGGUGGGUAUUUUGACCGAAAAUGUUGUUGAUUUUUUACUGCAGGUCACUUUUUAUUUCUUGAUUUACCGGGAAAACGGGUCGUAAAAAGGUUAAAACAUUUUUCAGUUCUUUUUUGUUUGAAGGUUUUAGUCACUGGUAAGUCAAUGUUUGGAGUCCUGGCUGAAAACUGAUCUGUUGAGGCAGAUUGGAAAAAAAGCAUCCCACCCCCCACACACAAACCUUUCCCCACUGUGCUUCACGAUAGCAGCCCCCCCCCCCCCCCCCGGACUUGUAUCCCCCUCCCCAUGACACACCCCUCUGGCAGAGCCAGAAGCCAGCCGGCAGAAGAUCCGCUAGCUUCAAAUAGGAUCCACCAUAUCAGAUUGUUAGUGACAAGUGGCAGUAAAGGCCAGCUCUACUUGCGAGCGCCGUCUGAAGCUGCCUGGACAGCUACCGUGUUGACAUUGCGGAGACUAAUAAGAGUUAUUUAUGUAACAUGUGCCACGAUAAAAGGCGAUAUAAAUGACCUGUUCAACAAAACACACUAAAACUGGAGCUUUCUCCACCACUCCAAAGAUGAUCUGAUGUUUAUUCCAGUUAGAUUCCUUGCUUGGUCACGUUUCCUCUUCGACUCCGCCCUUUCUUUUGUCAGCUUUUCUUUCCAUUUUGGUAGUGGGGCGAGCAGAAGUAUUUGGGGUUUUUUUUGUGUUCUUCUCCAUCACAGCUCCUGUAGCUAAGCUGCUACGCUACUUUUAGCUGCUCAGGGCUCCAAGGAGGGCCGGGUGAGUGGGAGGGGAUGAGUCAAAACUACAGGGGGAGGGGUGUGUCGAAUACAGUGAGGUGAUUGGAUGGAGAGGCAGAGCAGGAGAUUGACCAAUAGGAGCUGUCCGGUAUGGAUGGCUCCCACUGGUUGAUGUUUUUGCAGCCCUGCACCUGUUAGGGUGAAGAGAUUUUUUUCUGUUCUUUUUUCUCUUCACUUUCUGGAGAUCGCACUAUAGGACCAUGAUUGCCAUAGCAAUGAGGUUUAUAAUAAUAAUAAUAAUUACCAAUCUCUACGAUCGUGAACCACGCCUUUAACUCUUCACUCUACAUUUCUACAUAAACUUACCUAAAGUAUAAAGAAAACAGGAUGUUGCUGUGGCUCUGAUCCAUUUAAAGGGAAAUGUACAUGAUUGCCUUUUUUGCAGUGCUGUGCAUAAUCAUCAUAAUAAAAGUCCUUCAGGGGGACAUUUCUCCUACGUCUUGUAAACUGGAUGCUCCUACGUUUUGCUCUUUUCACACUCUUAAACUCCUGCCGAGUUUGAGGACGGUCCCUGGGUAUUUUUUUCCGGUGUUGGCUGGAGACAGUCUGUGUAAGUUGGGGUUAAAAUGUGCCUUUUGGUGUUCACACACGUGGUUCACUUGAGUUUUUGUGCAUGUGUGAAGCUCUUUUUUGGCUCUUCUAGUUUUCCACCUCUGAUGCUGUACUUCCUCUUCCUCUGUGUAGUGUGUGGAAACGCCACAGCGGCAGACAUCGUCUUCCUGGUGGACAGCUCCAGCAGCAUCGGCUACUAUAACUUUCAAAGUGGUCAAAAUUUCCUCAAAAGCAUCAUUAAAGCCCUCAACAUCGGUCCUGACCGAGUUCAGAUUGGUUUGGUGCAGUACAGUGAUAAACCGUACGAGGAGUUCCUCCUGAAGGAUCACACAGACAUGGAUUCCCUGCUGGCUGCAGUGGGAAAGAUCUCCUACCGAGGGGGAGGCACAGAAACAGGAAGGGCCAUGGACUUCCUGUUGAAAAAGGUCUUCACUGAGGCAGCAGGAAGCAGAGCCAAGCAACAAGUGCCUCAGAUCGCCGUGGUUAUCACAGACGGGCAAUCAGCUGAUGAUGUGGUGGUACCAGCCCGUAACCUAAGGAAGCUUGGAGUCAUUGUGUUUGGUAUCGGGGUAGGAGAUGUCAACCUCAAGGAACUGGAGACCAUCACCAACUGGCCUCCAGAUCAGCAUCUUUUUUACACCCACAGCUACCAGUUCCUGCAGCAGCUAAAGGACAAUCUGCUGCAAACCGUGUGCUUCUCCAUGGCCUUAGACAGCCUAGGUAAGCCCAGAUAGGUCAUGAAGUUGUCCUUUAGUUAUUUGUGAUGAUUUCUGGCUGACUCAAACCGAAAUCCUAGCUGUUGUGUUUGUUUAUCUCUCAACCGCAGAAAUCCCUGUGCUGUCAGAAAAUUCACUCAUUCAUUUGUUUCUGUGUCCCUCCAGCUUCUAACGAAGCAUUUGCAGAUAUCGUCUUCUUGGUGGACAGUUCCAUGGCUCCGGAUAUGUUCACCACAUACAAGUCUGACCUUCUUGACCUGAUUAACAAGCUCGAUGUCGGAGGGUCCGCCCACCGUAUCGGUUUGGCCCAGUACGGCAAAGACUUGAAUGUUGAAUUCCUUCUCAGUGCAUCUGAAACCAAACAGGAGACGCUGGCUGCCGUUAAACGGCUGCGCUUGCGUCGUAGACCCAACCAACCACGAAACCUGGGCAGCGCUCUGCAGAGUGCCAGCACAGCGUUUUUCAGCAGGAAGUCAGGGGGGCGGGCGCACCAGUGCUACCGACAGUUCCUGGUUGUUGCUGCUGGGAAGGAAUCUGAUGAUCUGGUGUCUAGAGCGGCUCGUCUGACCGAAGCCGAGGGGAUAACAAUCGUUGGGAUGACUGUAGGUGCAACACUAGAUUCUGUGCUCUUAUUCGCCAGUCCUGGAUACGCAUACGCUACACCAAGAGUAAAUUUGUUGGAUUCUGUUUUCCGGAUGGAGGAAGAGGAGAUUAUCAAGGGUAAAAAAAUUUAUUCAUCUUCUUCUAAUUAUUAUUAAUAACUUAAAGGUGGUGUAGUAAGGAUCUGAGGAAUUCAAGUUUUUGGGAGAUUCUUGAAUGUAAACUCUACCCCUCCCAACCAGUUUUCCCCUUAGCUCCUCCUCUCCCCUCCCUCUCUGCUCCAGCAAGCCCCGCCCACAAACAGACGCUCCUGCUCGCUCAUAUUGUUCCAAUUAAAUUCAGAUAUAAUGCAGAUAAAUACUUCAGAUAAUUACAAAUGGGGCCCAGUCAAUGUAAAAGUAAAAAGCAUUGGUGCUACUGUAGAUGCCAACAGACUACCAGCAAACACAAUGUUUGUAGGACUUCUACAAUGAGGAUAAAGAGACAUAGUCCAGGACCCGAGGUCAACAGUUUAGCGGCGCUACAACACGCUACAGCAGGUCCCGUUAGACAAGAAACACUUCUGUUACAGACACUUGUCUUACUUUGUUAAAGCGGUUUACCUGUCCAGCAGAAAGGUUACAGGGUCACCAAGAUCCUGAAGCGUCCCCCGUUGUUUAUGUUGACCCGGCUUUUUAGCUCUUGUUCGGUCUACCUCCGUUUUAAGCGCCUGUUAUUCCGCCAGAGUCUCCGGUAUUUACUUUGUUUUCUUGCUUGUGUUGGCAGUCGUGGCCAAUGGAGGAUUCAGACAAUUUUCCGAACUUUCUGGUUGGUUUCUACUGUCCGAUAUUGUAGCACGCUAACUUUGUUUGGGCUCGUAAACGUUAUUCGAGGACGUGGAGCGUGCCUCACAACAUGAGGAAGCAGCGUCGGCCUCACAACCAAUCAGGUUGGGGAGGUGGAGAAAGGCUUUGUUUACAGUCAGAAAGAGCGGACCGCUCAAAAAUGAUAUACACAAGACAUAAGAGAACACAGACUUACUUACGUAGACUUAGUUCCUCACGUUCCUAUUGGAACAUUGGGCUAUGAGUCCCUCUCCAUUUGCUCCGGUCCCUAGCGACCCCUUUUGCUUCAUGUCCAUGUCUUCUUUGGCUUCCCUCUACUUCUCUUUCCCCCCUUCUGGCAUCCAGUCUAUUGCCUAACUUGCCGGUCUCUCUCUUGGCAGUCGGAGUACAUGUCCAGUCCUUCUCUUUCACCUGUGAGAGACAAUGUCAGACAAAGGGUGCUACACCUGCCCUUCUCAUAACCUCUUCAUUGGUGAUGUGGUCUCUCCAUGAUAUCCUUAGGAUGGAUCUGAGGCACCGUCGAUGGGAGACAUCCCACUUGUUGGUGAUGCUGGCUGUCUUCGUCCACGUCUCACAGUUGUAGGUCACUGAAUGGAUGACCACUGACAUAUAGAGGCGCAGCUUUGUGGCUGUGGUGAUGGAUUUCGACAGCCAGAUAUUCCGGAGUCGUUGGAAGACUCCUGCAGCCUUGCCAAUUCUGGUCUGUACGUCUUUCGUGCCCUGCAAAGUCUAGAUCUGCCAGUCUGCCCCCUCCCCACUUGAUGCCAUGGUUUGCCUCGAUGACAGUUUUCCUCAUCACAAAGUCAAUGACUGUAAUAGAAAGUAAGGGUGACAGGAUGACAGGGAUACACAGAGAUAUCGUUAUCGUUAAAAGUCAUUUUUGACACGAGAGACCUCCUGGAAGUUUUGUUUUCGGUGUUCAAACAAUAACUUGUCUUAAAGGGGGGGCUUUGAUUUUAAAUCGGUGAAUUGGUUUGUUUAACUGGUAAAUAACUAGAAAAAUAGUCUAAAUAGGCUAAUCUCAAUGAUAAAAUCAUGAUUUUGCAUAAUGAAAUUUUUCCAUCUCCUGUAGCUACAGGUCCACAGCCUUCUGGCAGAGCGGGUGACAGCUUACUGACUGAAGGUGAGGAAAUAUGUUUUUCAACUUGAGAGGGUACAGGGACAGUAGAUUCAGACCAGGAGCCUUUCUGGUCCAGAGCUCAGUGUUUCAGGGUUUUGCUGGAAACAGGUUGUGUCUCCGUCCCAAAUCCGUGGAGUUCACUGUUAGCCUUUUCUUUUUAACAGAAUGUAAAGGAGCCAAUGUGGCCGACAUCGUGUUCAUCGUGGAGGAGUCCACAAACGUCGGCCUUGAAAACUUCCAGCUCGUGCGUAAUUUCCUGCACUCAAUGGUGAGCAGCCUUGACGUCAGCAGGUUCAAAGUCCGCGUGGGAAUCGUGACGUACAACCAGGAGCCCAGAGCUCAGGCGUACCUUGACACAUUCCAGGACAAAGCCGAACUCCUGCAGUUCAUCAGACGCCUGCAUUACAGCGGAGGCGAUACCAACACUGGUGCCGCCCUGAACUUCACUCUGGAGAACGUCUUGGUCAGUCGAAGGGGCAGCAGGGAGGACGUUCAGCAGGUGGCAGUAGUGAUCACUAGUGGUCGUUCCGCCCCAGGUGUCAAGGAAGCUGCGACCGCUCUCCGCCGAGCCGAUGUCACGAUUUACGCCAUAGGGGUUGAAAAUACAAACAAGGCUGAGCUGGGGGAGGUGGCGUCCGACCCCCCCAGUACGCACGUCUUCAUGGAGAACAGUUUCACCAAGCUGAAGUUCCUGAAGCAGAGCCUGAUGAAAACCCUCUGCAACAACAUCAUUCAGCGAGCAAUCUCUCUCACUACAAGCAGACUCGACAUCAAAGAAGGUAAGUCUGCCAGUUUGUCUCUUCACCUCUGAAGGCUAAGACAUACAGGAUGUGUAUUUGGAGUGUGGCCGCAGCGUGGCAUAUCAUGCAGCAAAGCAUACAAGACGUGUAACAGCUCCGUCUCAGCAUUGUAUCGAGAGGGGUGUCGAUUUUUGCUGCUCUAUGCUUCUGAUGCACGUCAAUCUACACAGAGAAGAUCGUUCCAGACAGGAAAUCAAGCAGGAAAACCAUGCACGUCAUCUGGUAUUUCAAAAUAAAACACCAUAUGUGAACUCUCGACUGUGUAUCAGUUGGUGUAGAUGAGAAAUCCUUCCUGGUUCCGGAUUUAUCAGUAACACAGAACAAUCUGAUCGUCAAUCCCGGAUCCAUGUGGACCCCAACAGGACUUUGAACUGCUAACUCUGUCUGAAGUUAACAGCACAGCAUAAAGGAACAGAGUUUACUUUAUUAAACACCAGGAAACCUGCAAAAAACACAAACUGGAAAAUUACUUAAAGCUUUUUUCACAUAUAGUAGAAGCUCAACAGUCACUGAAUUAUAUCCACAUCAUCAGGAAAUCGACCACAGAAAGGAAAAACAACCUGUUGUGAGCAUGUUGUUUCCUCUAUACUGAGCCCAGCUGACCUGGGGUGGGGGGGGGGGGGGUGUACUAUACUGCUGCUACGCUCCAAAUACACUGAUCCUGUAUGAGAUACCCAACGCUGCUCUAUGGGGCAAAUACGGAACAACACGCCUAAUACGGAUCCUGGAUGUUUUCGGCUUUCUUCUAACAGGCCGACAGCAUGAAGGACACCGUCUCUCUCAUGUCUGUCCCUGAGCUUCCUGUCAGCUCAGAUGACCUGUUUCCAGUUUUGUGCAUGAGUUCUGUGGUUCAUUUACACUCCUGUUAUUUUUUUGUUAUUGUGUGUAAAAAUGCUGCGAUGACCGAGAGUAUAAAUACCAAGACUAACUGUGAUUGUACACGAAUAUUGAAAAUAAACCAAGCUCUUGACCUCAGCCCUCAGCCGUCUUUGCUCCAGCUGAUGACCUUGUUUUCUUCACCCCUCUCCACAGCGUGUGUGCAGAAGGACGAGGCCGACAUUUUCAUCCUGAUGGAUGAGUCAGGGAGCAUUGAUACUCCUGACUUUAUUGAGAUGAAGACGUUUCUCGUCAAUUUUAUUAAGACCUUCCGGAUUGGGCCUCAACAGGUCCGGAUUGGCCUUGUGAAAUACGCAAAAACCGCAACUCUGGAAUUUGACCUUACUCAACACUCGACCACCGCUCAGCUGGAGAAAGCUGUGCGGAGCAUCUACAACUGCGGCGGUGGGACGCAGAUUGGGGCCGCGCUGUCAUUCAUGGGACCUUACUUUGAGAGAGCGGCGGCCACCAGGGGUCAUAAGGUCCCCACAUACCUGAUAGUAACCACAGAUGGAAACUCCACUGAUGCGGUCGGGCCUCCGGCAGAAGAACUGAGGAAGCUGGGUGUCAUUAUCUAUUCCAUCGGUGUUGGAAAUCUCAUCGAGAGCCAGCUGCAGCAGAUCGCUGGAGGCCCUGAGAGGACUUUCCGUGUGAGUGACUUCCAAGCUCUGAAACUCAUCAAGGAUAAACUCGUCACAGACAUCUGCACUCGAGAAGGUAAGGACAGUCCAGUAACUGUGAUCAGAGAGUCUGACAGAGGCAGACUGAGACCACUAGAACCUGUUCCCCCUCUAGGACCUUUGUCAUAGGCUCUAAGACUUAUGAUCAAUAUGAUUGGCUGCCUGAAAAGAGGUCAUGAUAUUAACAACAGAAUUCAGACUUCAUAACUGCAGCAUGAUUAUCGCUUAGAACUCUGCUGGAUCGUCUGCAAUCCCACGUGACACCAUUAAUAUUGUUUACAGUUUCUCAGGAACUAUACCGUGUGUUUCUAUGAAAUGAAAAGUGUUCAAAAGCUUACCCUUUUGGCGAUCUAUCGAGAGUUUCCAGACAUUUCUACACAUGCCACAUGGUUUACAAUCCAGCCAGAAAUAUAGGUGUUUGAUCAGAGAUGUUUGAUGGUAAAUCCGCAGUGAUAAAUCAGUGAAAACGUGAUUAUUUAUCAUUUUGUUGUGAUAAAAAGAGAUUGCUAUCGCUAAAAGCCGCUAAUGUCUUCCGAGUUUGACGAGCUGUUUUGGUGUCAAACUUUUGACCACAUGGUCGAUUACAUGGUCUCAUAUUCUUCUUCUAUUGUUCCCUUGACGGUAGUGACCAAUAAAAGGCAACCAAAGAUCAACAAGAGACAAAAAAGUUCCCUGCUUGUCUGCAAAAUAAGAAAUAAUGGUCCUCAAUGUUUGGAAACAAGCAAAGAAGAGAUUCUGAGCAGUAAGAUGUGGUCUUCUGUCUCAUCCCAGACAGGAACUGCUUCAAGGAGUGGCAAAAACAACUGUAAAUAGUAAAAAACGCCUGGAAGAAUUAGUGUAAAUAUGUCAAUAGUUUCUGUUGUGUGUUUGUUCCAAUCUCAAUAUUUCUUCUCCUGAUAGCCAAGACUUGAGAGAAUGAUGUGCAGGUGAGAAAAGGCUUGGUCACUGUAGAUUUGUGUGUUUUUGGAGCAAAGUACCGUUGGUAUCAAUUUCCGUUUUUGUUUUUUGGUUGACUUUGAUGGUUCUGAAUCCACUGUCACAUUCAUUUUACAUCAUUUUUGCUCCAUAAACUGACAGCUGGGGUUGUCCUGAAAAAAAAAAGUGUAUAUAUUUGCUGUGCUUGAAAGGAUUGAGUUACUACAUAGAUUUUUACAAAAAAAAAUCAAAAAACAGAUGGACCAAAAAUAGCUAAAUAUACCCCGUUGUUUUGAUUGUUUUGGUCUGUGAUGUGCGUCACAGCACGUUUGAUUUUCCUCUCACCAGGUUGACGUUUCACUCUUUUGUAUUGGCAGCGUGCAAAGACGUACCGAGCGACAUCUUCUUCUUGGUGGACAGCUCCCAGAACAUCAGUCCAGAAGACUACGAGAAAAUGAAAGACUUUAUGAAAUCCCUCAUCAGCAGGUCUUUCAUUGGCCAGAAUCAGGUGCACAUUGGCGUCAUGCAGUUUAGCACCAACCACAGACUGGAGUUUCCCCUCCAACAGUACCACACCAGAGAGGAAACAUCCAAAGCCAUCGAUAAUAUGAAGCAGAUGAACGGAGGCAAACACUUGGGGAAGGCUAUGACAGAGCUGUCCAAAUAUUUCGAUGCAGACAGAGGAGGGCGUCCGUUUCUGAGGCAGCAGCUGAUUGUCGUCCUAGACAGCGUUUCCUACGACCAAGUGAAGUUCCCCGCCGCAGCUCUGAGGGACAAGAGCGUGGAAAUAUUUGCCAUCGGAGUGUUUCGCGCCACGCACCCCCAGCUGAUGGAUAUUAGUGGUUCAUCAGGGAGGGUGUAUCUGCAGAGAGACUUUGAUUCACUGAAAGGCCUCGAAAAUGAGAUUUCCUUAAAGCUCUGUGAUCCAGGAAGAGGUAAGAAUAAGAGAAACCAGGACCAAGUCUGAGACUGAGUCUAGAACUAUAUCUAAGCAUUUCGCUGGCUUCAGUCAAGCCAGAAGGGAUUUCAGAGCCAAAUGUUUGACCUCGUCGUCAGCUUUUUUGGAGGAAAAGCCGCCGCUCUGAGCUCAUUCCUGGUGUUCCUGUCAUAAAGUUAGCAGGACAGCUUCACCUGAGUCUGGUCAGGGUUUAGUUCUUUUCCUGGUAGCAGGUUAACAUCAGAGUUCACCAAAAGUCUUGUUCCAAAUCAGUGAGUGACAACAGUCCAAACACACGAACACAUGCUCAUCACAUCUAUCCUGAUCUUUCAAACCCAAUUUUCACUGCAUCUAGAACGGUUCCGAUCCAGAACAGUGGCGAUUUUCGCCGUCUGCGAAUUCCUACCGGAUCCAUGUGUCAAGCGAAUUUCGUGGUGGAUUACAGACAGCAGGAAUUGUGAGAACUCACAAGAACCCGCGGAUUCACGUUCAAUCAUGCAAUAACAAGUUGUCUCUAAAAAGACAGCCACAUAGACAUAUAAGCAGUAGAUUGUGACCUUACAGAGGAGGAAAUCUACUUCUAGACUUCUAGAAUCAGCAUCUCCUCAUCCAUGGUGUCGUCUAAAACCUUUCACUUGUUCGUCUCCGCCCGUUUGCAUGGUGUGAAAUACGAUCCUCCUGAAAUAUGGAGUGUUUUAUUUUGAAAGGAAGCCGGAUGUUUUAUUUUGUGUCUGUGCCCGACUUCCUUUCCAGCACGGGUUAAUCUGUGCUGACUUUUUCCGGCAUGAUCCAGGGUCCGCAAAAAAUAGAACUCUUGCAAUUAGCUGUGGAUUCUGGCGAUCUGCAGAGGAACGGAAAGAAGCCGGUGGAAAUUGACACGUUAACUUGAAUGGUUACGAUCUGCUACAAUCGGCGGAUACAACCUUUUUGGUAGCUGUUCCGGAUGCGGUGGAAACUAGGGGUAAGGCCUCAAACUGCCUUGUUGUCAAAUCCUGCUGUGGGCUUUGCAUGUGGACUUUGGGGUUUAAGACUGGCUCUUCACCGCCGUGGCAACACCCGAUAACCCUUUUAAUGACCCACACCUACAGACACACACAACACAGAGUUUCAACAGGUUCAUCAUCAACUUACAGACCACAUUUUUUCAAAAGAUGCUUUCUGAAGAACAUGCUCAGCUGCACGACAAUCGGGUUAUAUUGGAUUGUCAAGGAACAAGAAACCAAACAUCUUUGUUCUGUUAAGGUCCUUACACACCGGGCGAGAAUUCGCCAGGCGAAUUAUUCGCCUUUUUUUAAAACAGCAUAAAGUCAAUGCAAGCUUCCACACCAUCGGCGAUUUUUCUGCGAGGCGAAAAGCCACUUUUAUUUUUUCACUCCUGUGUCGAAUUUUUCGGAUAUUCGCAGGCAAAUAUCUGGACCUGCUAGACCUCUGGCCAAUCAAAAGUCAUGUUGUUGAUGACGUCACAGACCCAUAAGGCUGGAGGAGAGGGAGAAGUUUGAGAUUAUGAAAACGCAGACAAAGACAGCUGAGGUGCAUCCAAAACUCUUUCUAAUUACUAAUGAAGUAGUUUUCUCACAAGAUGACACUCUCUUGUCUUCCUUAGGAGACAGAUGUCAAGCACACUUCACAGGGUGACCGCCUCAUCAUGCCUGAUUCUCCCUCUCAGCUGUUUGACAUGCUGAUGAUCUGCAGCUACAGGGCCAACAGAAUGACCAGACAACUUGAAGGAUCACUGCUCAGCCCUCGCCUCUCCUGGCUGCUGCGGCGUCUCUCACAGCCUUUCCUCCUCUUUCUCCCUCACUCAUAAUGCUAGACAUGUCAAUCAGCAGCCGUUCACACGACACACACCAUCACUGGCACCAAGAGCAACGAUGGGAGAGAGGCUGGUCAUUGCGGUACAGGACCACCCUGCAUCUCCUCUCCUCCGUGCCGCAAAGCGACUUUAUUAAUUCGCUUUGCAAAAAAUAUACGCAUAUUCGCUUUGCGGUUUGUGUGUAUAGGCGAAAGCAACUUUUUGUACCGGCGAAUAUUCACAAUUUUCGUCUCGCUAUUUCGCUUCGCUCCGCAAAUUCGCCGGUGUGUAAGGACCUUUAGAGACCGAGCGCAGAAAAGUCCUGGUCCUGGUUUCUGAUUCUGUUUUAGUGACUCUAACAGCAGCCUCUGAGAUCUGCCCGAUCUUCGAAGUUUCUGAAUUUUUAAACCUUAUUUUUGUUUUUUCUUUCUGAGCAGAUUGUAAGAGGACAACCCGAGCUGAUGUUAUCUUCCUAGUUGACGGGUCCAGGAGCAUCUGGGAGAAAGAUUUUGAAAAGAUGUUGAAUUUUAUGAGGUCCAUAGUAAACCAUACAGCAGUUGGCAAAGACCUGUUUCAGUUUGGGGUCAUAGUGUACUCAAAUGAUCCCCAGCUUUCUUUUACUCUAAACCGCCAUGACACCAAACGAAAGGUUCUUGAUGCGAUUGCUGGUUCAAAGCAGCUGUUUGGGCAGACCUAUACAGGCGAGGCCUUAGAGUACUCAUUGCAGUUCUUUGGUGCUGAACAUGGUGGUCGGAAAGCACUCCAGGUGCCCCAGAUUCUCAUGGUGAUCACAGACGGGGAUGCAGAUGAUAAGAAGAAACUGAAACCAGCAUCUGAUGAACUGCGAAGGAAUGGGGUCACCGUCCUCAGUAUUGGAAUAAAAGAUGCAAACAAGACAGAACUGAAAAUAUUUGCUGGUGGGGAUGAGUCCAAAGUUUUCUACGUGGAGGAUUUUGAAGCCUUAGCACUGCUGCAGAAGAACAUCACCAAGGUGGUCUGUGACACCAUAACGCCAGGUAAGAGUGUGGUACAGCAGUGUUACAGGCGACAGCAUUAAUUUUGAUAACCGUUGAUCUGUUAAGUUUAUUUAAAUUCAAGUGGAGUUGAUGUUACCAUGGAGGGGACCUCUCCAUCUGCUGCUUUGGAGGUAUGCUGAAGUCUUACUCAGAAUUCAUAGGCAAUAGUCACCAUUAGAAAAAACUGCACAUACACCACCUUGGCUGUUUUUGACAUGAGGCCAUUCAAACUGACUGCAUGACCAAUAUACAGUAUAUAUGCAGUACAUUUAUAUAUUUAUAUGUGUGUGUGUGCUCUGUUGCAGCACAAAAUCCACUCAACACACUUGUGCUAAUCACACACAUGCUGGUAAAAUAUCAAUAACAACAAUAAUGACUUUGUUUAUAUCACACUUUUUAGAACAGAGUUACAAAGAUCUUCACAGGAACAUAGAGACGUCAGUACAGUUUUACAAAAAAGUCAGUCACCAAGAAUGAAUGAAAAACAAUUAAAGAUUAAACCAAGUUCAAUGUUUUUUAAAGUAAGUAAAAAAUUAUUAUGAGAUUAAUAAAAACUAAAUAAAUUAGUUAAAACUUAAUUUAAAAAAGUUAAAAUAAACAAAAUAAUUAAAAACUCAAUAAAAUUAAAAAAUUAAAAAAUAAAUUAAAAAUAGGUCAAAACUUAUAAAAAAAUAAUUUAAAAAGAAAAAAUGAAUAAAAUACAUUUAAAUUAAACAAAAUAAAGUAAAAUAAAAUAAAUAAAAACUAAAUAAAAUGAGUUAAAACUUAAUUUUAAAAUAGUUUAAAUAACCAAAAUAAGUUAAAACUAAAUAAAAUGAAAUAAAAUAAGUUAAAAACAAAAUAAAUGAUAUAAGUUAAAACGAAUAAAAAUAUAAUUAAAAAGAAAAAAACUAAAUAAAAUACAUUAAAACUAAACACAAUAAAGUAAAAAAAUAAAUUAAGUUAAAAAAUACAUAAAAUAAGUAAAGACUUCAUAAAAUGAGUUAAAACUUAGUUUCAAAAAGUUACAAUAAUUAAGAUAUUUAAAACUAAAUAAAAUUAAAUAAGUAAAAAAUAAAAUAAAGAAGAUAAGUUAAAACUAACAAAAAGUAUAAUUAAAAAAGAAAAAACUAAAUAAAACACAUUAGGACUAAACAAAAAAAGUAAAAAAAUGAAAUAAAAUAAGUCAAAAAUAAAAUAGAAUAAGUUAAAAGAUUUAAUAAGUUAAAACUGAAUAAAAUAAAGUAAGUUUAAAAAAGAUAAAAAGUAAAUAAACUAUGUUUAACUAAACAAAAUAAAGUUUAAAAAUAAACAAAAUAAGUGGGAAAAAAUAUCAUUAGUAAAAAAAAUAAAAUAGAAAUAAAAAGUGAAAAAUAAAAAGGUUAAAGCUAAAUAAAAUUAAAUAAGUUAAAAAUAAAUAAAUAAAAUGAGUUAAAACUAAAUAAAAUAAAAUGAGUAAAAAAUAAAAAAAUAAUUGAAGUAAAAAUUUUUUAUAAAUAAAAUAAGUUAAAACUUAAAAAAAUAAAUAAAUGAACUAAAUAUCUCAACUUAAAUAGAUAGUCGAGACUUGAUUAAAAGUUCAGAGCCAAGUGUUCAAAUUCGUAUCCAGUAAAUGCACUCUUUGUAAAAAUGGGUUUAACAAGUUUUCAGAGAGAAGAAGGACCUUGUUGGUCUGAUCUCUUCAGGUCCAGAGUGUGGGGGCCCUGACAGAAAAAGCCUGGUUCCCCUUGGUCCUCAGCCUGGACUGAAGACCUACUUUUGGGCGAGUCCAGUAAGAGCUUUAAAAAUGAACUGGAAGCUGAUCUGCUCUGUCUUUUUGCUUUUAGAGUCUGACUGAAGAGUUCUGGACGAACCUGAGUUUCUUUAAGCUCUGCUGUGACAGACAGGAUUUCAGGGACCUACAGGAGUCCAGGGGGGUGGAGAUAGAGACGUGUCUGACUGUUGAAGGUGUUUUCAGCAGGAUCAUCACAUUUUGAUCAGAGCAAACAUGGACCACAAAGAUGGUGUCAGGAUCAGGAUCUCAUGUAUAGUACUGGACCCAGUGUGUCCGUGGGAGGUUUGUUUAGCUCCACAAACAGGGCCUCUUGGUGCAUCAUGUGGCUGGGAUCUUUUCUCAAAGACCCCUCACAUCAGGACCAUAAACUUAGUCCUCAGCCUGUUUUCAGUUGGAUGUAGACCUGAUCCAUUCACUAGAGAAACUAGAAGAGCUCUUUUUCGCUCAUGAGGUUGAACACGGUGCAGCUGAACAUAAUUUAUGCUCCAUGCUCCCUCUGAAGUGUAUCUGUUCCAUCUCUUUGCUUUCCUUUUGCAGAUUGUGUGAAAGAGACAGUGGACCUGGUCUUUCUGCUCGAUCAGUCCGGCAGCAUCGGAGAUAACAAUUACAAAACCAUGAUUAACUUCACGGCAGAGCUGGUCAACAGUUUCAACGUUGGUGAGAAGUCUGUGCAUGUGGGAUUAGCCCAGUUUGACGAUGACCCCAAAGAUGAAUUUUUAUUGAACCAGUACUUUGAGAAGGACGAUAUAGUCACACAUAUCAGCAAUAUGGAGUACCGCGCUGGAAACACCCUCAUUGGGAAGGCCCUGUACCACAUCAAGAAAUACUUUGAGCCAUCCCAAGGCUGCCGGAGUCAGAUUUCCAAGAAGCUGGUUUUGAUAACUGAUGGUGACUCUCAGGAUGAGGUGAAUGAUGCAGCCAGACAGCUCAGGAAUUUCGGGGUUGAGGUUUUUGCCGUUGGCAUUGGAAACGUCAAAGAUGUGCAGCUCAUGGAUAUCGCUGGAUCCUCUGAAAGGUUUUUCACCGUCCCGGAUUUUGAUCACUUACCGCGUAUCAAAAGAGAUUUAGUUAAGACCAUCUGUGACCCCCCCCAACCUGGUAAGUUGAAAAGAGCCUCUUAGCCUCUCUGUCCUUCUCUCUACCCAGAAUUCUCUGCUGCUCUGAUGGCCUAACUGAAACUCCAAUCCUCCACAGAGCCGGACUGUAGCCUUGAUAUUGCCAUUGGGUUUGAUAUUAGCUGGAGAAGAGCACCUUUGGAUCCUCUGAUCAGCGACCGCACCAAGCUUCAGACCCUCUUGCCUGAGAUUGUUCAUUCCAUUUCCUCAGUAAAAGGAUUGUGCUGCCUGGGAAAUACAACUAUUAAGUCCAGAAUCGCCUUCCAAGUGGUCAACAUAACCGGAGGUUCACUGUUUGACACAAACUUUGAAGAGUACAACUCGCAGACGGUGAAAAAGGUCAUGGAGGAGCCAUGGAUGCAGCCCUCUUACUUAAACUCUGCCAUGCUGAACAUCUUCAAGGAAAGGUUUAAGGCUGAGUCGACUGCAAAAGGAAAGGUAAGAGGAGCCAGGCACCAAACCCAGAAAGUUCUACAGCAUCAUGAGAAGUUUUAGUUGUUGUUGAUAAAAUAAUUUUUAAAAAGUGAUCCUGAAAAAGGAUAGUUUGUCUCUGAUUUGAUUUCACUUUGGAAAGCAGGGGAAAAGUCUGUCCCAGGAUUUGGAGGGUACUAGUAUUCAUUCGUGGCUGUCUUGAGGGUUGACCAGGUACUGCUGACAACAAAUCUGGUACUUUGAAGUUACAACCUCAAGUCCAGUUAUAUCAGCUACUAAGAGCAGUUUGGCUUCAAAUCCAUGUAAUGACGGAAGGCGGAGCCACGUGUCCAUAGUGUAUACAGUCUAUGGUCCACACCUGAGGAAAUGAUGUUUAGGUAAAAUACACUAUUGUCCAUGUAUGUAUAGGUUUCUGCAAGAUCGGACGAAGGGCUCUAUUUUCGUGCCUCGCCAGAGACGUGCUGCAGGUGCGGCGUAAGUCAGGUCCGCCGUGCUGACAAGGCGUUCCCAAGCAAAAUUUGGUAUUUUGGUGAGCGGCGCAGCCCGGCGUAAGUAUCCCCCCUCCCUAACUCAGCUCCUCCCAUCGGCGUAAGUCGUAGCGAGGGAGGAGAGAGGGCGUGGAGUGGAUUUAACACAGCCGAGACCUGUUUUCACCAAUCACAUCAGCUCUUUCCUUGCCUUUAAAUCCACCAACGGCAAGGCGUAUUACUAUUUUCAUGAAGUAGUCAAAGAGAUCAAGAGAUGUCUUAAGACAGUAAUGCCACACGAUGGCGACAGAAGGCAGCUCCUUAACAAAUGUCACUGUAAACGCUGCAUUGGGCGUUCUCCACUCUCUCUCAUAUGAGCACAGAUGGAUUUGGUGUGUGUAAUGCUGGACCCACUGGUAAGACAAACACCCUUUUCCACAAAUAAAGACACUCACAUAAAGUUGCAUAUAUUCAAACCUCACGUGACAAAGGUGGGUUGUGCGCACAGAUCACAACAUUAACUCCAAAAAUGGCAUUAAAAUCGGAACCAUCUGUGCGUAAAUGACGCAUCGCGCUCCGUGGCCUGGCUCUUUCUUUCAUAGAUGUUGGCAUAUAAAAUAAAUUUGGCUCACAAAACUGAAUAUUAUAAUAUCCGUAUGUAGGCUUAAAGUAAAUAACUCAUCUGAGCACUGAAACAAAUCAUCUGUUCAGCUGCUGCUGCAGCAGGACGGAAAGAGGACACGGAGACAUGUCCAGGUCGAGCUGCGCGAGAAAUAAGAGGAAGAAAGAAAAGGAGGGAGGCGAAUUACAUAUCUUGUUAACUUCAUCAUGUGUGUUUAUUUACUAGAUAUUUAAUUUAAUUUAAUGCGGUUUCAGCUAUGUUGAUUCGGUCAGGUUGUGUGUCUAAACGCGUGCCAAACGCACUCAUCAGAUCAGAUAUAUCAAUAUAGAUCUAAAUGUAUGUGCUGACUCAGAUUAUUAGUUGUUGUUGAUUAUUUAUUGCACUGAAAUGUGCCUGAUACUGUGGAAACCUGCCGGUGAGGCAUGGGUGACGUAUGCCGAUAUGCCGCCGGUCUACCAAAAUACCACUAGACCAGCUGCGCUCCGCCUGUGCUGAAAGCUGACCAGGUUUGAAUCAGCGAGCUUUCAGCACACUUUACACGCCACUGGCAAACACGAAAAUGUCACUGCGCCUGCUGAUUCUGUCGACACCUCCCCCUGCCACCCCACCACGCCCAGCUUGGCGGAUCUCGGUUCGCCUCCGUGCGCCUCAGUCCACGAAAAUACCAAACUGGCUGUACGCCAGGCUCCGCCAGAUGGAAAUACAACUGCGUGGGGUCCGCCACCCUCAGCCGCCUCACCGGCGUACACGGAAAUAGAGCCCGGAGAGGUAAAUACACCAUCGAUAAGAGACGUAGGACAGGAAUGAUUGGCAGCUCUCAGAGCAGAUGUUGGAUACAUCUGAAGACCACAUGAACAUCUGAACUGAUCCCAGAUCCUCAGAGAUGUUUGAACUCCUAUGGGGCGCUCACACCAAGCGCGAGUAAAAUCAUCUACUCACUUUAUUCGCACAUCAACGGUAAUGCCUGCCAAUUCAACCGGCGGGAUCAAGUGAUAGACAAAGGUUUUUAACAAUUUACCAGGUAAUCCGACCUCCUCAGUCACCUGCCUCCAGGUGAGCUCCUUUUUAUUCUGGUUACAGUAAUUGAAAGAAAAGUUAUCAUAUAAUUAAAGAUACCAGUGAACAACCGUCCGUUUUUAUCAGCACCCGGCAACCUUCAUGCUGAUUGGUAAUCGCAACUCGAAUAUCCACUCAAGUAGAGACAUUUUCAGCUCCUGCCCAAUGUGCGUCAUUCACGCCGCCAGUGUAGUAUGAGUGUCUAAUCACGUCUUUGCAUCGACUUCACAUGUAAUUCAGUCGUGCGAAUGAUUACUUGUGCUUGGUCUGUGGAGACAGUUAAACCCAUAGAUAUACAGUCAAGCUCAAAAUAAUUCAUACCCCUGGCAAAUUUUGACUUUAAGUUACGUUUAUUCAACCAGCAAGUUUUUUUAUUAACUGGAAAUGACACAGGCUUCUCCCAGAAGAUAAUGAGAUGAUGUACAAGAGGCAUCAGUGUGGAAAGAAAUAUUUCAAAGCUUUUAUUUACCCACCCUGGCCACAGUCUCCUCUCCCUGCUCCCCUCUGGGAGAAGGAUGCGGCUGCUGAAGGCCACCACAGCAUGCCAUAGACUCAGUUUUUUUCCCCUCUGCUGCCAGGCUGCUCAAUGAGUCUGGCUUCCCUCCUCCCCCCGCCCACUGGGGACUUUGACACUUGAAAGACUCUGAAACUGUAAUGACUCAACAACAUUUGCACUAUUGAUCUUACUGCACUUUAUAUUUAUCUAUUUUCUGCACGGUGUUGAUGGUGUCUUACGUUAUCUGUGAAAAAUCCGAACACACUCAUGUUAUUGCCAAAGCAAAUCCCUAUGUGUUUUACACAAUUGUUAAUAAAGGAAUCUGAGAUCUGAGAUCUGAGAACAAAAAGCGGCAUGUCCAUAAUUAUUCGUACCCUUCUCAAUAAUCAAUAGAAAAGCCUUUAUUGGCUAUUUCAGCAAUCAAGCGCUUCCUAUAAUUGCUGACCAGCUUUUUGCAUGUCUCCACUGGUAUUUUGCCCAUUCAUCUUUAGUUAUGAGCUCCAACUCUUUCAGUUUGGAGGGCCUCCUUGCCAACACCCUGAUCUUAAGCUCCCUCCACAGAUUCUCUAUUGGAUUAAAGUCAGGACUCUGGCUGGGCCACUGCAAAACGUUCACGUUUUUGUCUGCUAACCAUUUCUUUACUACUUUUACUGUGUGUUUUGGGUUGUUGUCGUGCUGAAAUGUCCACUGGUGCCCAAGGCCAAGUUUCUCUGCAGACUGCUUGAUGUUGUUGUUGAGAAUCUUGAUGUACUGUUCUUUUUUCAUGGUGCCAUUUACUGUGAGUAGGUUUGCUGGUCCAUUGGCUGAAAAACACCCCCCAAAGCAUUAGGUUCCCACUACCAUGUUUUCUAUUUCACCUCUCUCACUAUCCUCCUGGCCAGCACAGGUGUCACUUUAGGCUUCCCACCACGUACGCUGAGAUUUUCCACAGUGCAGAAUGUCUUGUAUUUUUUAAUAACACUUUGCACUGUAGCCACUGGAACUUGAAAACAUUUAGAUAUGGCCUAAUAGGCCUUUCCUGACUUGUGAGCAGCCACAAUGCACAGCCGCAGUCCUUCGUGAGCUCCUUUGUCUUAGUCAUGACUGUCCAAAACUCAACUGCAGAGAACAGCUGUUUUUCACCUGUUGAGUUGAUUAAAACAGCUGUUUUCAGGGUCAUUAGGAUGCUUUAGAAUAGCUUGGACUAUUUGGAAUGGUAUACUCACCUCUCGUCAGCUACCAUAGAGUGUACCAGAAUGAUAUACUGGAGUAAGAUGGCUGCCAUGUAGGGACGCCAGUGACUCCACCUCAUAGAGUCAUCCAGCCUUUCUUAUAGAUAUCUAUGUUUACACAGUUCGUAAAGCUGGAAGAAUGACUGAAGAAAGACGAUGAGCGGCUACUGAUACAGACCGCCUCCAGUUUGAGACACAUAGGUGGGGACUGGUAUAAGACAGCUCUGUACUGGUCUGUUCUUAGGGCUGACCUGUAAUAGAGGCUCAAAAAUCUCACCCCACCCUCAGUGAAAGACAUAGAAAAAGCUUGGAUGGGGUGUCCAUGUUGAUUAAUGAGUAAGAGCUUUCAAAGGAAGAUUCAGUCGUUUUUUAACCAGCUCUAAGCUCCUCACAGAAUCUUUAGUAUUUUUAGGAGAAGGUUUAGGAACACUGAUUCACUGUAAACCUUAAUAUAAGACAUUUUCUCUUUCCCACCAGGUGUUGGUGAUCUUCUCAGACGGACUUGAUGAAGACGUGAUGAAACUGAAAAGCGAAUCAGAGCUGCUAAGGCUGUCUGGUAAAAACUGAAAGUCAGAUGAGAGUUUGUGUUUUCUGUCUUUGUCGUGUUCAAGCUGCUCCUUCGUAUGCGUAGUGUUUUAGAGGUUAGAAAACCGGGUUCCAUCAGCUCCUUCUGUCUCCGCGCAAAUUAAAACAGCUGUGACAUUCCAGCUGUCCUAACACAGCCUGAUGAAGAGAUGAAGAGCAGCUCUCAUGAAUAAAAGUACGACUGUCCACUGCUGCAAACCUCAUCAUUUUCAGAUGUUUUUGAGGAUUCAUGUGCGUACAACAGUCACCAGGUGAACAUGGACAUUUUCAACCAAAGCUUUAAGACUUUGACAUUUUUGAAUGGGUUGGUCUGUUCAUCUUUGUGUCUGUCCUCUUCCUCAGUGAAGUCUAUAAAGCAUGCUGCUCUGUUAUCAUUUUCAAGUUUAACUGGUUUUGAACGAUCAGAUCUCUGCAAACAAAACCUGAAAACCUGCUUGAGGUUAAACCCCCAAAUCCAGGAGACAGAUCUUCAUGUUGUUCCUGUGACUUUAUUUAUAUCCACUUUUCUACAUGUGCAAAAAUGAACUAUGAACUCCUAAAAGGCAGUGAAUCUACAACCUUUCCUUUUUUGUCUGUCUGCAGGGAUCAGUAGUUUGUUGGUGGUAGCUCUGGAGAGAGCGCAGGACCUCAAACCGCUGCAGGAACUUGAGUUUGGUCGGGGAUUCGACUCCCAGCUUCCUCUGAGCAUUGGCAUGAGGGGUGUGGGCAGCGCCAUCUACAAACAUAUUGUAAGUUAUUCAUGAUUUCUCUCCCCAUGUAAGGUUUCAAACUGCUUUAAAGGAGACAUGAAGUCAAAAUUAAUCAAAAUUUUGAGGAAUCCUGGAAUAAAGAGGAAUAUGAAUAAAAAAUAAAUAAUCCGUGUAAUAUCAAAAAAUCCCCCUCUCUUUCUACAGGACGCAGUGUUAAGCAGAGUUUGCUGUAACGUCAUGUGUAAAUGUUCUGGACAUGAAGGCGUUCCUGGCCCUCCAGGCGACCCGGGGACAAAGGUGAAUGAGAGACAGGUGUCUGUGGACGUGAUGAUAGGAAGGUCUGAAUGAAUGAUGGAAACACAUCAAUGUAUCCUACUAAUCAUCUUGACAUCAGAACAUCCUCUAGCUCUUCGUUGCAUGAAACUGAGUUGUCUGGUUGCAUCAUGUGACCCUGCAGUACCUUCAGUUAUAUUACAUCCUGACUGAUUUAACCUCAUUAGAACAUAACCGUCCUCUUACUCCUACCUCUCCACUGUAUCCUGUGUCCCUUCAGCUCCCUAACUCUAAACAAAACCUGUGUAUCAGUAUAAAACACUGCAGAAUAUCACUGUGGGAAAGUGCGCUGCAUUACCUGUCAUGGCCGUAGGACAUAUCAAAUAGCUUAACCCUCAGUUCUUGUUCAUUUUAGCUCCAUCCAGCCUACUUUAUCCCCAAAAUGGACAUGCAGAUAAGUGCUCAUAAAAUAAUCAUUUUUUAACAUUUUUUAAACUUUUUCAACUCAAAUCUCUUAAACAACUUCAGCCCUGACCAUUAAAAAAAUAAUAAAUACAAAAUUCGAUGCACCCUUUUUAUGCUAGUUUUUCUGCAACAUGUCACUGCUAUUUGUAAUGGUGAAAAACACAAAAUCGACAUAUUUCCCAUAUAAAAUGAUACAGAUGAAUUUUUUUUUUUUUUAAUAAAAAGGGUCAGGGCCAUGUCAAUGAUGAGAAGUAAAACUGAUUUUGGUGCAUUUAAAUCCUUUUUGUUGUGCCAAAUUUUUGUAUUUGAAGUUCCAUCCAGCCUCCUUUGUCCCCAAAACAGACAUGCAGAUAAGCGUUCAUAAAAUAAUCAUUUUUCAACAUUUUUUUGUACUUUUUUUGAUUCAAAUCUCUUUAACAACUUCAGCCCUAACUAUUAAUAAAGUAAUGAAUAAAAAAUUCAAUGUAUUACCCCUGUUAUGCCUAGUUUUUGUGCACCAUGUCAUAUUUAUUAAUAAAGUGUUCGUUCUAAUGAGCUGAGUCUAUUGGAGCAGAAAAACAUGCCAUUUUCACUUCCUUUUCUUGAGCCUCGUCCUCUACCAAAUCAAAUGUGAUUGAAUUCAUUUGCUCAUAAUAAAUUAAUUUUAUAUAUAGUCAUAUAAAAUCACAAGAUAUAUGUAAGAUAGGAGUCAUUUAUAAGUCGUUAUCCACCUCUAACCAAAAUAUGACGGUGAUUACGCUGAUUGCGCACAUAUAAAAAAUAACUGCAUAUUUGAGAUGGGAUAUCUUCUCACCUAAUGAUCUAAAGGACCUGUUCAUCCUCAUGCAUGUCCAUCCACUUGCUCUGAAGUGAGGGCAAAGUUGAAAUUGUCCAAAUGUUCCCCUCUCUUUGUCCCACACUGCAGAACUUGGACGGCGGAUUUUCGACUGCAAAAACUCCGCUCACAGCACGCCCGGUUAUAAACAUGGACGCAGAUUCGCAUCCGUGCACACACACAGGAGCACACAUACUUUUCCUUACACACAUAUCCCACUCUUAGACAUCCAUAUCAGGUGAUCGACUGACUACAAAAAAAAAGGUUGUAAUAUGUUGUUAUGGUACCAUAAACACACGGUCAAAAAAACUGUUGUUAAUGGAAGUCUAUAGUCCGAUUUGAGGACAAAGGAGGGUGGGUGGAGAGUUUUUUUAUUUCUUUUUCAUAUGAAGAAAAAAAAGGACUCUCACCAAAUUUGAUGCCCCAAUCUUUAAAAAUGUGACUGUCAGCUCAAAAUAAAGAUGAAAAAAAUGACAAUUGCCCUCAAAACGGACAGAAUAGGAACUGAGGGUUAAGAUCCUGUUGCAUGUUGUUGUCUUCCAUCAUAUCUGAAUUUGUCUUUUGUUUCUAACUAACAGGGUCAGCUGGGACAGAAGGGCCACACAGGAUUCCCAGGAGACCAGGGAACUCCUGCAAGUGCUUCUGCAUCCAUUUUUUCUUUUUCAGUGUUCAAUUGGAUUAUCAUAGCGACUUGGGUUUAUCUGAAGAGUGUCUGAGUUACCUGUUUCUGGUUGUUGCAGGGUGAGCGAGGACUUCCUGGACUAAGUGGAUCUCGGGGUACGAUUGGCUGUCCUGGAACCAGAGGACAGAAGGUGGAUCAACAUGAAUAAAAACUGAAUCAGAAUCAGAAAUACUUUGAUAAGCUCCAGGGGGAAAUCGCUUUUUGUGACAGUAACUCCAGUGCAAAUAAAGUAGAAAGAGGAGAUAAAUAAUAGAUAAAUUAAGUAAAAAUAAAGAGAUACUGUUGGAUCUAAACCCUGCCCAAAUACCUGAAAACAUAUAAAGAAGAGAAAGACAAUGGUUUAUGCUCGAGGAGAAUGGACAAAGAUAGCAUCAGGUAAAAUCUCAGAACCACUCUGAAGGUGGUUUUCUGUCCCCCCUCUUUUAUUUAGGGUUGUCCCUGGUUACACAAUAUUUCUAAAGGGCGGGGGAAAAAUAUGUGCAGCAACGUAAGCAUUCUCAUAAAACAUAAUAAUGAACAACUGUGAAUAUGUGAAGGUCAAGGCGACAUUGUUGCAUCAAACGAGCUCCUUCUGAUAAGAGCGGAUCCUCCUCAUUACUUCCCACGAUUCACAGUGGAGGAUACAUCACCCACACACACACACACCUGCUGAUAGGAAAAAGACAAGUUCACAGAAAAAUUAAGAAACAUCCGUGUGCUGUGUAAUAAAGCUAUCCGGCUGUUAAGCGUGACGUCAUUUUGUGAGCGGAGCGGCUUCCGGGUCCAUGGGGAAUCAGCCUCCAUUCACUCUCCAUUCAAAACAACAAUGGCGGAACCCGUGAAUCUCUUUAAAAUAACCUCCUUUUUCAGAAGGGAACCACUCAGAGUUAAAAAGGGACUUAAAGCUUUCAACUCGGAUAGAGUUAUUAACGUAAAUUUUAGUGAUGGCGAGAUGAAGCCUCAUGAAGCAUCGAAGCUUUCCAUUCAAUUACUCGCCUCCUGGGCCGAAGCUUCAUGAUCGUGCUUCAUUUGCUCUAUUGCGCCAUCAAGUGGACAAUAAAUGUAAAACGAUAAACCAAAGACGCCCCGAGGCUUUGGUGCGCGAAGCUUUGAAUUCAAUGAAUGAAUGGAUGUGAUGGCGUGUGUUUGUGAUACAAUCAUAGACUGUAUACAGUCUAUGGAUACAAUACAGAAAUGAUGAAGUUAUUUUGUUGUCUUUGUUGUUGGGAGGAAAUCUGUAGAAUGAUAGUUUAGUCGCUGUUUUUGUCUCUGAUCAGUUUAAGCAGCAAGGGACAUAGUACUGAGGCAUUAUAACAACAACUCCACUGGACCCGGAAGUGGAAAAAGAGAACGCGGCUACGUCACGGCUUAACAGGCGGAUUGGAGAGAGAAGUUAGAAAACACUCUUAUAUGAUAAAAAACACUCUUAUAUGAUGUGUAACAAGAGGUCAAAACAGUUUAUACUUGUAGUAAACUCUUACAUAAGAAUAUGAGGAAUAAUGAUAACUUCUAUAUACAUUUAUGCACAUUAUUCUAACAGAUACCAAAAGGAACAGUUGAUUACCAGGGAUAUCAUCAUUUGUCCUUGAAAAGUUAAGAUGUAACUUAGCACGUUAGUGAAGGGGCAGCUGCUUCGUCCUGCAGUCAGAUGACUUUGGUGGAUUUAGUGAAUUUAUGCUUUUAAAGGGAUAUUCCAGCAUAAAAUUAAGUUAGGGUCAAACACACCGUAACACCGAGUUAGACACCCCCUCCAGAGAUGAAUGUUGCUGACCGCUUGCUUCUCUAGUUCUGCGCUCAACCAAAACGCCACUCUAUAGCCAUAAAUAAUGCUCAGAACAGCACCUAACUUCAUCAACAGUACAUAUAGGGUCCCAGCCAUAGUCUGACUGAAGAUCUUUUAAGUCCAAACGGAUCUGUGGACUUUUUUUCUGUAGGUUUGGUCUUUCCUGUGGGUUCAUGAACAUUUGCAGAUGAGUGUGUUUCUGUGACUUUGACUGCGGUUGUGUUUCUGUCUGCAGGGCUUCGGAGGAGUGUCAGGAAACAGGGUGAGUAACUCAGGACUGCAGGAUCCACAUUGACACCUGAAUUUACAGGAUCAUCUUCGAGUCCUUUUGACUGAGCAAAGCGUCAGAAUGAAGGAUUUUUUAAUGUUACAGGGUCAUGAUGGAGAAGACGGUCUGGACGGUAUCAACGGCGAGCAGGUAGGAAUGUAAAGACAAGCUGGUUUUGUUGUAAACGGUUCAAUCUGAUAGUUUUAAUCUGAGCAGGCUUCUGAUCCGGUGGGCCCUGGAGGUUCUGGUCUGAGCUUUGUUUGUGGUUCUGUGUUUACAGGGACAGACAGGUAUCAGUGGGACCAAAGGAGAAAAAGGAGACCCAGGCAGCCCAGUGAGAGAAAAAGCUUUGACACUUUCAAACUUGUCUCGAUGCUUGAAGAACGUCGUGUUUGACCUUUGACCUCUUGCACGUCGUCCUCAGGGUAUUCCAGGUCUCAGAGGGGAGGUGGGGCUUAAAGGACAGCGAGGACUGAGAGGAGAUGCGGUGAGUUUCUCUGAAUGACUUAAUGAAUGAUGGUGUUACAGCAGCAUGACCCGAGUGGGAAAAGACACAAACAGAGACAUGACCUACACAUAACAUUAUAAAAUAAAAAGUUCAGACAACAACAGGUUAGAUUUGUUUAUAAAUGGUUAAAUUUUUGAGUUUUUAGAAGAACGCAGAUGUGAAGUGGAGUGGUUCUUCCCUUUAACCCUAGAACACUAUAACUAAAAUUAGUAAUACCAUCAAUAUCCCCGGGUGAUUUUUACCCAAAAUAAUAUACCCAAGAGAAAGUACUCGUCAUCAAAAUAUAUCAAAAUAGGACAAUACAUGACAAAUUAAAGUAGUUUUCUUUUAUUUUCAACUGUGCAAUGUCCAAAGGAAGGAAAAAAAGUGCCAAACUCUAUAUACAAGUUUUUUGUUGAUGAAUGCCUAAUUGAAGUUAUUUUGUUGCAUUUUUAUGUGGUCCCCCUCAUGGCACUUUAUAUAUAUAUAUUUAUUUAUAUAUAUAUAAACUGUAAACUAAGGCUAUGUUCACACUGAUUUUUUAACCAUAUGUGACACAUAUCAGAUUUUUUCAUGUAAGUGUGAACAGUGCAAUUAAGAUUUUUUCAAAUCCGACCCAGGCCUCUUUUGUAUGUGAAUAUAAAUCGGAAGCGGAAAGCAAUUUGUGCUUUGUGCACAUGCGGGUCACUUCAUGGACGCAUUCCAUUCACAUUAGAUGCCGCAUUCGUUGUUGUAAUGUGAACAGCUGCACAAAAAGAUCGGAUUUAACAAAACAUCUGAAUUGUGCAUCAUAACCUGCAGUAUGAACGUAGCCUAAGUUUCUUUUCCACCCAUUCCUGGGGCAUGUGAGUCUUCCCUGGUGAAGACUCACAUAGCACUUAGCACAAUAACAGCUGCAGGAGAGAGAACCAAAAUAUGGCAGUGUUGAAGUGAGUUAAAAUGACCAGCUGACUCAAAUAAUUCUUCACCAUAUGAAUUCUCUUGAAAAUCACAACUUUGUGAUAGUUAUUCAUAACCACUGUGCUAAAUAAAGAUAGCAUGUAAAUUCCAGGACCACCCUUACUGACCUUAUUCCCUACAUGCAGCUAUCAAACCCACCAAAACUUUACUUUACCCUCUAUCACUAUUGCCGGGUGAAAAUCACCCUGUGACCACAUGUCUGAAGGAAAAAGCAGGUUUUGGAUCAGGGAAACAAAUAUGCCUUCAAAGGAAAUGCUGAAGCUAUCCAGGGACCCAUGAUAUUCAGACAAACGCAACAUCAUGAAAAUCACCUAAAAACAUGUUUGAACGGGGGGAAAAUCACCUGGAGAUAGUCUUCUAGGGUUAGAGCAGCGUCUGUGAUUUCCAGGCAGACUGUCAGAUUUCGAUCCAUCGGACGACAGGUCGGUUUUAUCUGUGGGCUUUCAUUAAGAAAGAAGGUGGACAGACCAGGGAACGGUCAAAGAGAUCGGGGAGAUCGUGGGCCACCCACGAGGAGGUGUGACCUCCUUAUACGGGGAGGACACAUUGACUAUGAUGCUAGUAGCACCCCAGGGAUGCUGGGUUUUGAACUGUAAACCAGGUGAUCGAGGAUUCAGGGUCCAUGAUUUCCAAAAGAGUGAUCCACCUCUGGAUCAGGGCUGAGAAAGCAGUUCAGUCCGAACCUAAUUAGUGGACGCAGUGAUGAACUUUAUUCACAGUCUGUGGUUUUUGAAGAGGUUUCGAGCCCAUGCAGUGAUUUCCACUCCAGAGUCCUGAAUGUUUUUGCCACCAGGUUGGAGUGAGAGUUUUCAGAGAGUUAAAAUUGUGUUUGUUUUUUUCUGACAGGGUGAAGCAGGUGCUGCUAAUAUCACUCCAGGAAAUAAGGGGGACCCAGGGAGCCCCGGUCUACCGGUGAGAGCCGUCAUACAGAGACUGCAUGUGUGAAUAUUAGUGGAAAACACCCUGAUAGUUUAUUUCCUCUGUCUUUAAUCUGUUAUGUAAUCUCUUUAAAUGAAAUGUUUUUAUCACCGACUGUCAAACUUUGAAACCCUCAGGGGACACCUGGACUGGACGGACGCCCAGGUAAGGCAGGAGACGCUGGAUAUAAGGUGAGUUCAUGACUUCAGUCAGUGUGUGUGUGUCUGAUGAGUCAUUUUAUAAUGACAGAAAGUAACUUAGAAGGACAUCUGGUUUCAUACUGGUUUGUUUGUUUUUUGUCUUUUUUUUAUUUUUGUCGUUGACACGAUCCGCUCUGUGGUAUUUUAAAUAAAGGGCUUUUUAAAAAAGAAAAAAAAUCCUCCCUCCAUCUCCUCUCUCCUUCCCCGCUCCUCCCUCCCCCUUUCUCUUCUCUCCUUUCUCCUCCUCUCUCCUCAUCUCUCCUGAUCUCUCCUCCUCUUUCUCUCUCCUCCUCUCUUCUAUCUCCUCUCUCCUCUUCUCUGCUCUCUCCUCCCCUAUCCUCAUCUCUCCUCCCCUCUCCUCCUCUCUCCUCUUCUCUCUUAUCUCAUCUCUUCUCCUCUCUAUCCUUCUCUUUCCCCCUCUGUCCUCUCUCCUUCUCUCUCCUCCUCUCUCUUCUAUCCUCUUCUCUCCUCCCUUCUUCUCUCUCCUUCUCUUUCCCCCUCUCUUCUCUCUCCUCUCUUCUCUUUCCUUCCUUUUUCCCCCUCUCUCCUCUCUCCUUCUCUCUCCACUGUACUCUCUCCUCCCCUCUCCUCUGUCCUUCUCUUUCCCCUCUCCUCUCUCCUUCUCUCUCCUUUCUCCUUUUCUCCUCUCUUCUUCUCUUUCCCCCUCUCUCCUCCUCUAUCCUCAUCUUUCCUCCCCUCUCCUCCUCUCUCUUCUCUCCUCUCCUCUUAUCUCUCUUCCUUCUUUCCUCUCUCCUACUCUCCUCCUUCUCUCUCCUCUCCUCCUCCCCUCUUCUCCUCUCUCCUUCACUUUCCUCCUUUCUCCUUCUCUCUCCUCUUUCCUUCUCUCUCUCCUCUUGCUCUUACCCUCUCCUCCUCCCUUCCCUUCCCUCCUCUCUCCCCAUUCUCUCUCCUGUCCUCUCUCUUCUCUCCUUCUCUUCCCCUCUGUCCUCUCUCCUUCUCUCUCCUUCUCUCUUCUAUCCUCUUCUCUCCUCCCUUCUUCUCUCUCCUUCUCUUUCCCCCCUCUCUUCUCUCUCCUCUCAACUCUCUCCUUCUCCUCUCUUCUCUCCUUCUCUCUCCUCAUCUCUUCUCUCUCCUUCUCUUUCCCCCUCUCUCCUUCUCUCUCCUCUGUACUUAAUGAUUGUCUUCGUAGUUUAAAACAACAUCUGAGGGAUGUUUAGUGGGAUCAUGAUGUGGACGGGGAGAGUAACCUCAGAACAUAAUCUGAAUCAGCUGUUCUUAAAAAGUAAUACCAUGUUUAGUUUGUUUUCAUGUUUUCAAUGAAUAAAAUGUCAGUCUGAUAGAAACUCAAUGACAGAUGAACAAUAAUUGAAUCCGUUAACAUCAGAGGAAGAUCAUUACGAAAUAGAAAAUGUAUAUACAUGUAUGGUUUAGACACCCUAUUCCUCUGGACUGGUUUUCAGCUGGUUCCUGAUACUGGGAUCAUGUUUCAUGUUCUGGUCACAGCAGGAGGUUUGCAGCAUUUUCUGUGUGUGACUCCUGGUGUACGAAGGGCUAACAGACUGAUGAUUGAGUAUCUGUUUUUCUUUUAUUGUGCUGUGCAGAGUCGGGCUGGUAGAAGAGGUCCCGCUGGUCAGAAGGUGAGUUAAGACGACACACAGGUGAGUUUUUGUGGAUCAGAAAACAAUGAAAUCCUGUUUAAAUCUGUCUUUGCAGGGGGCGACAGGACCCAGAGGAGCUAAAGGACUGAAGGGGAGCCCAGGAGCUUCUGGUCCACAGGUGAGGGAUCCAACAGGAACAGAUUUAACAGUUCAGUCAGUCCUCCUUCAGAACAUCAAGACCUGAACCCAGAUCAGAACAGGGACUGGUGAGGUCACUACAGCCUCUCUCCUCCUCCCCUCUUCUCCUCUCUCCUUCACUUUCCUCCUUUCUCCUUCCCUUCCUCCUCUCCUUCUCUCUCCUCUUUCCUUCUCUCUCCUCUCUCCCUCUCUCUCCUCUAUCCUCUUGCUCUUUCCCUCUCCUCCUCCCUUCCCUCCUCUCUCGCCCUCUCUCGCCCUUCUCUCUCCUCUCCUGUCCACUCUCUUCUCUCCUCUCUCCUCCUCUCUCCUUUCUCCUUCUCACUCCUCUCUCUUCCUCUCUUCUACUUCUCUCCACUCCUUCUCUCUCUUCUUCCCUUCUCUCCUCUUCUCUUUUCCUCUCUCCUCCUGCUCCUCCCAUCUCCUUCUCCCUCCUCUCUCCUCCUCUCUCUUCUCUCCUCUCCCCUCCUCUCUCGCGCCCUCCUCUCCUCUCUCCUACUCUCUCCUUCUCUGUCCUACUGCUCCUACCCUCACCUCCUCCCUUUCUCUCUCCUCCUCCUCUCUCCUCCUUCUCUUCUCCUCUCUACUACCCCCCCCCCCCCCCCUCUUAUCUCUGCUCCUCUCUUAAAAUCAAGUCAAACGUUUCUGAAACAGAAGUGAACAUGCACAGGUCCACUGUGGUUUCCCUCAUACCCUGGAUCUCCUUCAGGUCUCUGCAGCCCGUCUGAAACCUGUAAUCACUCACUGACCUGACAGCUGUUUGGACCUCAUCAUGUUUUGGUUUCUCAGAUUUUGGCUCAGAGUUAUCCCUGGAAAGCCCUCAGUAUCAAUCAUUGUGAGGAAAAAAAUAAAUGUGUUAUUUCAGUGAUUCAAACGCCAAAGCUGAGAUUAAUUCAUUAAUCAUUCUGCUCCUCCUGAUGUGAAACAUGUGUCUCCAUCCUGCAGGUCCGUCUCAUCUUUCCUAAUAUGGAAAAUACAGUGUAGAGGAACAACCAAACAGGUCAAACGUUCUUCAGGAGGAACAACCAAACAGGACAAAAGUUCUGAUAGAGGAACAACCAAACAGGACAAAAGUUCUGAUAGAGGAACAACCAAACAGGUCUAUAGUUCUGAUAGAGGGACAACCAAACAGGACAAAAGUUCUGAUAGAGGAACAACCAAACAGGUCCGAAGUUCUGAUAGAGGAACAACCAAACAGGUCCAAAGUUCUAGGAGAAACAACCAAACAGGUCCAAAGUUCUUAAAGGAACAACCAAACAGGUCAAAGGUUCAUAGAGGAACAACCAAACUGGUCCAAAGUUCUGAUAGAGAAACAACCAAACAGGUCAAACGUUCCUCUAGAGGAACAACCAAAAAGGACAAAAGUUCUGAUAGAGAAACAACCAAACAGGUCCAAAAGUUCUUCAAGAGGAACAACCAAACAGGACAAAAGUUCUGAUAGAGGAACAACAAAACAGGUCAAAAGUUCUGAUAGAGAAACAACCAAACAGGUCAAAAGUUCUGAUAGAGGAACCACCAAACGGGUCCAAAGUUCUGAUUGAGGAACAACCAAACAGGUCCAAAGUUUUGAUAAAGGAACAACCAAACUGGUCAAAUCUCCUUCAAGUGGAACAAGCAAACAGGACAAACGUUCCUCUAGAGGAACAACCAAAAAGGACAAAAGUUCUGAUAGAGAAACCACCAAACAGGUCAAAAGUUCUAGGAGAAUCAACCAAACAGGUCUAAGGUUCUGAUAAAGGAACAACCAAACAGGUCAAACGUUCUUAGAGGAAGAACCAAAAAGGUCAAAAGUACUUCAAGAGGAACAACCAUACAGGACAAAAGUUCUAAUAGCGGAACAACAAAAUAGGUCAAACGUUCUUCUAGAGGAACAACAAAACAGGUCAAAAGUUCUGAUAGAGAAACAACCAAACAGGUCAAAAGUUCUAGGAGAAUCAACCAAACAGGUCUAAGGUUCUUAAAGGAAACACCAAACAGGUCAAACGUUCUUAGAGGAAGAACCAAAAAGGUCAAAAGUACUUCAAGAGGAACAACCAUUGUAUUGAAGACUCAGAAGUGGCUAGAAGAUUAGUUUUAUUGUUUACUUUAAGAACCCCUCUAAGCAGUAACAUAGGCUUCUCACUGCUCCCUGCCCAGUUAAGCCCUUUCUUCUUUACUUCUGGUUUGUUAUUUGAUAUCUUGUUUAUUAUUGUUACUGCAGCGAUGUACAGUUGUUAUUGUUGUUGUGUGUGCGCGCGAUGUCACUCAUACAGCGGAGAUAUACGUUAUUCAGUGUUGCUGUAAUUAGGCUGAUGUGUUUGUAUCAGUGCGCGUGUGAUUUGGUGUGAGUGUGUGUGUCAGCCGGUAGAGUGAGAGGAGAAAGUUUGAGAAGAGGAGACGAUCGGAGCAGCUUUAUGUGUCCAACAGAUUCAUUCAUUCCUUCGGUGAAGUUUUGUGUGAUGAAUAACCCGCACAACAAGUUGUUUUUAGACCAGUGAAGAUUAUACCUAAAGAGGAACAAACGGACUUUGAACUGAAGUUAGUUCGCCGAUUAAUGUUAGCUCUCGUUUCCCGACAGUGGCUAGCUAGGUCUCGCUAGCCGCGUCAUUGUCCUUCGUAUCCCAGCAAACUGGCCCCAGUUUAAGGACUUUAGUUCACCCCCUCCUCCUCUGGACCACAUCUUCACCCCCUCCCCUCUUCACCCGAGAACAGCGCCCAUUCAUCUCCCGUGGACACCUGAUCACAUAAUCCCUCAACAUCGGGACCUCUCUACAGACCUCCAUCCUGGCUGAAUCAGAAUCCUCAUGUCCUCCUCUGAGCUCCAACCCCGGGCAACAUUGGUACCAUUAGGUUUAGUAUUAAGUAGGACUUAGUAUAGUUAGACAGGACAUAUUUUUAGUGUAAGUUUUAGUGAGUCAACUGUGCAUAAUUUUGUUUGUGGUGUAAUAAAUGUCUAUGGUGUUCCCUUUAUAUCCUUGUCCCUCCCCUGUUAUUUAGUGAGAGUCCACAGCAUCUUUGUCCAUAGUAAGGGACGCCAGGGAGCGGUGGCUAGCGCCCUACUGUACCUUACAGUUCUCAGUUAAAUUGUGGUCCUACGCUACAAUUUUUGGUCCUUCGAGCCGGAUAAGUUAGCAUUGCCCCCAUGGCUAGUAGUGGACUAUCAGUAGGAGAUAGGACUCCACCAGAAUGCCCCAGACGUAUCCGUCAACGUCCCAGAUAUUUAGAUGCUUAUGAAGUUGAUUUGCCCCCUAGCCACAACUUUGAACAGUCACAUGGAGGUAGUACUAGAAGCCUUAUUCAAACCAGGCCCCGCAUGUUUGAUCUACCUAUUAACCGUAGCAUGGAUAAUAUACACAAGAUAGGUGUCAGUCCCUCUUUACGAGCUAAUGAGCUAUGCAAGGCUGAUCCAAUGAACACGUUUGACAUGAAUGAUAUUGAGCUCCUCAGACCCAGAACACCUACCCCGCCAGGAAGCCCUGACUCAGUGCGUUCUUCUACAUCAGGAAAAACUAACAACAAAGAACUAUUAGAGCUAUUUAAACUGCAGAUGGCGACAACAGAGAAGGCUACACGCCGUCUAGAGGAAGCGGCUAUACAAAGGGAACAGCUGCAGGCUAAGAUGCAGAUGGAGAGGGAACGCUUACAAGCAGAGCAACAGGUGGUGCUAGCCAGGCAGCAAGCUGAAACCAUAGCAGCGUUAGCUAGACAACAGGCUGAGUUGCAAGCUGAGAGGGAACGCCGACAAGCUGAGCGAGAGAGUGCACACACCCAGGCUCUGGUAGCGCUAGCUAAACAGAACGAUGAAGCUGCUAGACAGACUAUCCAGUUUCUUACCGAGGCCUAUCGGAGUCAAUCCGCAUGCCCCUCCGCCCGAUCCUCCAGGCAGUCCUCACGCAGAGAGUCGAGACAACAAUCCCCAGCUCGUCUGAGCCAAGCGGUAUAUGGCACUAAGGCAGAACCCAUAGAGGUAGCUAUACAGCUAUCCAACAAGCUACAAGCACUAGACGAUGAAAUGCGAGAUCACGCAAAGUUCCCAGCUCCCUAUAUCUCCUCUGCCUACCAAGGAGACCGAGAAUCUACUUACAACAUGCCUGCACAGUUAAGCCAACCGCCUCCUCCCCUAGAUGGACACGGCACAGUGACCCCUCCUCCAGCAGCUAACUCACAACCCCAACCUAGUUUGCAGAACUACGCACCCUUUAACCAAGGUCAGCCGUUCUCACCAUUGAUUAAUCAAUAUCAUAGUUCUCCUAUCCAGUUUGCCUCUCGACCAGCAGCCAUCUACGGAGUAGAAGAGCCGACCUUUCCUGAUUUCACUAAAGAGGACAGGUCCCAGUAUACAGAGCUACGCAUGUGCUUGGGAACCCUGCUCUCUCCAUCCCAAGAUGAGCGUUAUAAAUAUGCCCUCCUGCUGAAACAUGUCAAGGUUCCUCGGGCCCAUAAUAUUGUAUUAGCACAUGCACACUCCGCUACCCCUUACUCCGAUGCAUUAGCAGAUCUUGAUGACCGCUACGGGCGAACAUGGGACUAUGUCCUCCAAGAGAUGAGGGACAUAGAGAAACUUCCUCCAGUCAAAGAUGACCGGGCCCUGGACGACCUGUCUGUACGAGUACAAUCUCUAGUAGGCAUGCUCCAGUCCCAGCAGGAGAAAGGAAAUCAUGAACUCCGCCCCAGCUCCAAUGUAGAGCGCAUCCUCGACAAACUUCCCAAGUUCAGACAGGAGAGAUUUAGGCGUCAAUGAAACUACCUCCACGGAUCUCAGCACGAGUUGUCCCUGAUGGACCUCUCCACAUUCUUACGGAUGGAAGUUCGGAGCCUCAGAUUGGACCCCUCCCUACGGGGCGGCCCAACCCCAGGAGAUGUAGGAAAGAAGAGCAGAGGUCAUGGGAAACCAACUACUGUGAUGCUUCAGACAGAAGAUUUCAAACCGAAACCGACCCAGUCAGCCCAUAAGAAAGAACCUUCCACGCCGAACAAGAGCAAGGCGAAACCUCACUGCCCCUUCUGUGAUAAAGAGCACUGGCUACAUGCCUGCGAAGACUUCACCAAGAUGAACAAAGAGCAGGUCACAGAGUGGAUCAGAGUCAAUCGGCGAUGCUGGAGGUGUGCCCGCCAACACAAAGUGUCAGAGUGCAACCUUAAGAAGAGGUGUAAGCAAUGUCAAGCUACCCACCUGACCAUCCUGCACGAUGUUAAUCGCAGAGAAACGCCCACUGCGUCAACGGCCGAGGUACACUACAUCGACCCAGCAAAGAGCGGAAGCUCCAGAGUAAUGUUGAAGAUAGUAAGAGUCCUCCUACGCUACAAGGAUAGAGUACUGGACACCCACGCUGUCCUUGACGACGGCUCUGAGAGAACACUCUUACUUGCAUCUGCUGCAGAGGAACUGGGAAUCAAGGGACGGGAGGAGAGGUUGAACCUCCGCACUAUCCGUCGAUCAUCGACGAUCAUCAAGGGUGAGAGUGUCGCUUUCACCAUAUCCCCUGCUGACCAGCCAAACAAACAGUAUCCAGUGACCAACGUCUUCACCAGCCAGCAGAUUGGUCUGUCUCAGUACGAUUAUCCUAUCGAGCAACUCAAAAAGAGGUUUGAGCACCUGCAACGCCUACCGGUACCACUAAUUGAUCAAGUCAACCCAACCCUCCUCAUUGGCUCUGAUCACACCAACCUUAUCGUCCCUGUCAGUGCAGUAUAUCUUGGGCCCCGAGGGUGUCCAGCAGCAGUCAAGACAAGAUUGGGUUGGACUCUCCAAGGUCCAUUCAACUCUCCCCGCAAUAGAAUAGCACCAACCCGCUGCCUGUACAGCAAAGUCACCCCUGCCGACGCCACUCUGCUGAACCACGUCGAGCGCCUGUGGCAACUGGACGUUCUUCCCUUCUGUAACGAGAAACAGAUGGUGCGCUCCAAGGAGGAUAAGUACGCCGUGGAACUGCUUGAGCAGAAGACCAAGAGGAUAGACGUCAAGGGAGUACAGAGGUAUGCCACUCCACUAUUGAGGAGAGAAAACAUGCCGACUCUGCACGUAUCCAAGGAAGUAGUCAGCAACUACCUGAGGAACACGGAGAGACGGCUGGCCAAGGACCCGCAGCAAGCAGCAGUUUACCGAGCUGAGAUUGGCAAGUUAAUAGUAAGCGGUCAUGUAAAGAAGAUAGACAACUUUGAAGCGGGCAAGUCGAGAGAGAGUUGGUACGUACCGCACCACAAGGUCCGACACAAUGGUAAAGACAGAGUAGUCUUUAAUUGCAGUUUCCAGGUCGGCAAACAGUGUCUAAAUCGUCACCUCCUUCCCGGCCCCACCCUUGGGCCAUCACUCCUAGGAGUCCUUGUGCGCUUCCGGCAGGACAGAGUGGCAAUCAGUGGGGACAUUAAGGGAAUGUUCCACCAGAUCCACCUUCUGGAAGAGGAUAAACCCCUACUGAGGUUCCUGUGGAGGGAUGACCCAAGUGACGAACACCCUUCUAUCUAUCAAUGGGAAGUACUACCAUUUGGUACUACCUGCAGCCCCUGCUGCGCGAUCUUCGCCCUGCAGAAGCAUGUCACAGACGACUCAGAGGCAGGAGAAGACAUCCGCCACAGUAUCGAACGCUGUUUUUAUGUAGACAACUGUCUACAGAGUGUCCCCACUGAGCAUGAGGCCGAAACCAUCCUUAUGAAGCUGAGGACCUUGCUAGCGAAGGGAGGAUUCGACCUGCGUCAGUGGGCAAGUAGCCAUCCUGGGGUGCUCAGUCAGCUUCCCCCCGAAGCCAAUGCCAAGAGCAGCGAGACUUGGAUGGCCCAGAGCCCCGGAGAGGCUCAGGAGAUGACCUUGGGUCUCGUAUGGCACUUCCAGACAGACACUCUGCACUACCGUCACACCCCACCUACAGAGGAGCGCAUCACCAGAAGAAGCAUUUAUAGUACUCUUGCGAGUCAGUACGAUCCACUCGGUUAUAUCCUCCCAUAUACAACUAGAGCCAAGGUUCUGGUGAGAGAGUUGUGGUCGAAGGACCUGGGCUGGGAUGACCCAAUCCCUGAUCACCUCGCUGCCAAGUGGAGAGAGUGGGAAGAAGAACUUUCUCUCCUCGGUGAAGUUACUCUUUCACGCAGCUACUUCCCUCCGACCGUCGACCUGAGAACGAGUAAGAUAGACUUGCAUGUCUUUAGUGACGCCUCCGAGACUGUUUACGGAUCCGUGGUCUAUCUCAGAGCAAUUGACACCGCUGGUGACGUCCACAUAGCCUUCGUCCUAGCCCGCUCUCGGGUAGCCCCUCGUAAGCAGCAGUCCAUCCCACGCCUGGAGCUCUGUGCGGCCCUCGUCGGCGCACAACUCGCUAAGAUGGUAAAGGACGAGCUCACCCUGCCGCUGCAAGAGACCAUCCUGUGGUCCGACUCCAUGACUGUGAUUUCCUGGCUGCAAUCCGAAUCCUGCCGCUAUAAAGUGUUCGUCGGAACAAGGGUUUCGGAAAUCCAGGACCUAGUUGGAGUGGAGUGUUGGAGAUAUGUUGACACAGGAAGUAACCCGGCGGAUAUAAUCACUAGAGGUGCUACCCUCGCCACCCUGUCUCAAGCGAACCCUUACAGUUGCGGACCAGACUUCCUUCGGCGGUCAGAGGACUGGCCACUGCCACCAUCCAUCGCUGAGAACCCAGAUGAGGCAGAGUUGAAGAGAUCACCGUUUUGUGGAUUAUGUCAGGUCCCACCAGCAGAUGGCCCCUGCUUUGAUGACAGUCCUACACUUGAGCAUCUGCAGAAGGCGACUUUUCUUUGGCACCACCCAGACCUCCCAGCCACUACAGACCUAAGUGCAGCAGAUUAUGUGGAAGCAGAACUAUUAGUCCUGAAGAGAGCCCAGCGUGAUUCCUUCCCUGAGGACCUGGAGUGCUUGACCGCUGGGAAGCCCGUCCCGUCAGAUAGCAGACUCUUGAGACUAGCCCCGGAACUUGAUUCUGAAGGUCUGAUCCGAGUGGGAGGUCGGUUACGACGUGCUAUGAACCAGAAGACACGAAACAUCCCAUUGUGUUGGGAACCAAACACAAAGUGACAGAGUUAAUCAUUCAGAAGUACGACCAAGCAGUGUGCCAUGCAGGGGCAGAGAGAGUUUUCGCCGAGAUACGACGACGCUACUGGAUACUGCAGGGAAGAGAAGCCGUACGCCGAUUCCAGCGAGCUUGCACCGCCUGCCAGAAAUGGAGAGCCCAACCCGCCAUACCCAAGAUGGCAGAUUUGCCGCCUUCAAGAUUGAGGAUAGGAGAGAGGGCGUUCCACACAACUGGAGUAGACUGUUUUGGUCCAUUCUUAGUCAAGAGAGGGAGGGGGACUGAGAAGCGCUGGGGAAUCGUGUACAAAUGCAUGACCACAAGAGCCGUACACAUUGAGCUGCUACAGUCUAUGACUACCGAUUCCUUCCUAAUGUCCUUCAGGAGAUUUCAAGCUAGGAGAGGGAACCCGGCCGUGCUGUUGUCAGACCAGGGGACCAAUUUCAAGGGAGGAGAGUCUGAGCUACGCGAGAUCUUUGAGGCCAUGUCAGAAGAACUGAAGUCCCGUUUAGCUCCAGCUCAAGUCCACUUCCAGUUUAACCCCCCAAAUGCACCUCACUUUGGGGGCACAUGGGAGAGAGAAUUGAGGUCUAUUAAGACCGCCUUGUACACCGUGUUGGGAGCACAGUCCAUUACUGAUGAAGUCUUGGCGACUGUUUUGACUGAGAUAGAGGGAGUGUUGAAUUCCAAACCUCUCGGGUACGUAUCCACGGACGUCGCUGAUGUGGACCCUGUGACUCCAAACUACCUCCUUAUGGGGCGGCUGGACCCUGCUCUCCCCCAGACCGUGUACAAUCGAGAUAAGAUGAGAGGAAGAAGGAUGUGGAGACACAGUCAGGUUUUAGCUGAUCAGUUCUGGUCCCAUUUCAUACUAUACUAUCUCCCCUCCCUCCAAGCCCGACAGAAAUGGGUGAGAGAUAAGGACAAUCUGACAGAAGGCACAGUCGUGAUGAUCGUUGAUCAGUCUCUACCAAGAGCUAUCUGGCCUGUGGGGCGAGUGAGCAGAGUCAUCGUCGGAUCUGAUGGAAAGGUUAGAGCAGCAGAUGUUACUGUCCAGGGACGGACCAUACAACCAUACAACCAUACAGGACAAAAGUUCUGAUAGAGGAACAACAAAAAAGGUCAAACGUUCUCAAAGAAACAACCAAACAGGUCAAUAGUUCUGAUAGAGGGACAACCAAACAGGACAAAAGUUCUGAUAGAGGAACAACCAAACAGGUCCAAAGUUCUGAUAGAGGAACAACCAAACAGGUCCAAAGUUCUAGGAGAAACAACCAAACAGGUCCAAAGUUCUUAAAGGUACAACCAAACAGGUCAAAAGUUCAUAGAGGAACAACCAAACAGGUCCAAAGUUUUGAUAGAGAAACAACCAAACAGGUCAAAAUUUCUAGGAGAAUCAACCAAAAAGGUCUAAGGUUCUUAAAGGAAACACCAAACAGGUCAAACGUUCUUAGAGGAAGAACCAAAAAGGUCAAAAGUACUUCAAGAGGAACAACCAUACAGGACAAAAGUUCUGAUAGAGGAACAACAAAAUAGGUCAAACGUUCUCAAAGAAACAACCAAACAGGUCAAAAAAUCUAGGAGAAACAACCAAACAGGUCCAAAGUUCUUCGAGAGGAACAACCAAACAGGACAAAAGUUCUGAUAAAGGAACAACCAAAAAGGUCCAAAGGUCUGAUAAGGAACAACCACACAGGUCAAAAGUUCUUCCAGAGGAACAACCAAACAGGUCAAAAGUUCUUACAGGAACAACCAAACAGGUCCAAAGUUCUGAUAGAGGAACAACCAAACAGGCCAAUAGUUCUGAUAGAGGGACAACCAAACAGGACAAAAGUUCUGAUAGAGGAACAACCAAAAAGGUCCAAAGUUCUUAAAGGAACAACCAAACAGGUCAAAAGGUCUUAGAGGAACAACCAAACAGGUCCAAAGUUCUGAGAGAGAAACAACUAAACAGGUCAAAAGUUCUUCAAGAGGAACAACCAAACAGGACAAAAGUUCUUCAAGAGGAACAACCAAACCGGACAAAAGUUCUUCAAGAGGAACAACCAAACAGGACAAAAGUUCUUCUAGGGGAACAACCACACAGGUCAAAAGUUCUGAUAGAGGAACAACCAAACAGGUCCAAAGUUCUAGGAGAAACAACCAAACAGGUCAAAAGUUCAUAGAGGAACAACCAAACAGGUCCAAAGUUCUGAUAGAGGAACAACCACACAGGUCCAAAGUUCUGAUAGAGAAACAACCAAACAGGACAAAAGUUCUGAUAGAGGAGCAAUCACACAGGACAAAAGUUCUGAUAGAGGAACAACCAAACAGGUCAAAAGUUCUUACAGGAACAACCAAACAGGUCAAAAGUUCUGAUAGAGGAACAACCAAACAGGUCAAUAGUUCUGAUAGAGGGACAACCAAACAGGACAAAAGUUCUGAUAGAGGAACAACCAAACUGUUGUGGGGCAUGUUCGUAGUGAGGACCCAGAAGCAGACACUGAGACUGAGAUCAACUUAAAGCGAAUUUAAUGUCCAAACAGAAAGGGGUAGAUAAUACAGCAGAGGAUGUCCGGUUGGGUGGUUGGCUGGCUGUCGUGUGGGCUGGAGACACUGCAGAAGAGACCAGAGGAGACAGGAGUUAAAGAACAUGAAAAGAGUCACUAGGAGCAAAGUUCUGAAAGUUAUACCAACGAAGUUUUGGCCAGGAGACGCAUCUUUACCGCUGGGCAGGGUAGACAAUACUCAGGCGAUGAGACUGAGGGCUGCAGGCUUCUUAAAGUGCCUUGAUUGGAGAUGUGGAGCAGGUGUGUGGUCUCACUCAGCCUCAGCGCCGGGGGAGGGGAGGAAGCCCUGGAAAAGAGAAAAGCCAAACCAGGCAAACAGGGAAACAAAGAAAGUCCAGCCAACACAAAACAAGAUGAGAAGGCGUCUCACCACACAAACAGGUCAAAAGUUCUGAUAGAGGAACAACCAAACAGGUCCAAAGUUCUGAUAGAGGAACAACCAAACAGGUCCAAAGUUCUGAUAAAGGAACAACCAAACAGGACAAAAGUUCUUCAAGAGGAACAACCAAACAGGACAAAAGUUCUGAUAGAGGAACAACCAAAAAGGUCCAAAGGUCUGAUAAGGAACAACCACAUAGGUCAAAAGUUCUGAGAGGAACAACCAAACAGGUCAAAAGUUCUUCCAGAGGAACAACCAAACAGGUCAAAAGUUCUUCCAGAGGAACAACCAAACAGGUCAAAAGUUCUUACAGGAACAACCAAACAGGUCAAUAGUUCUGAUAGAGGGACAACCAAACAGGUCAAAAGUUCUGAUAGAGGAACAACCAAAAAGGUCCAAAGAUCUUAAAGGAACAACCAAACAGGUCCAAAGUUCUUAGAGGAGCAACCAAACGGGUCAAAAGUUCUGAUAGAGAAACAACCAAACAGGUCAAAAGUUCUUAAAGGAACAACCAAACAGGUCAAAAGUUCUUAGAGGAGCAACCAAACAGGUCAAAAGUUCUGAUAGAGAAACAACCAAACAGGUCAAAAGUUCUUCAAGAGGAACAACCAAACAGGACAAAAGUUCUUCAAGAGGAACAACCAAAAAGGUUCAAAGUUCUUAGAGGAACAACCACACAGGUCAAAAGUUCUUACAGGAACAACCAAACGGGUCCAAAGUUCUGAAAGAGGAACAACCAAACAGGUCAAUAGUUCUGAUAGAGGGACAACCAAACAGGACAAAAGUUCUGAUAGAGGAACAACCAAACAGGUCCAAAGUUCUUCCAGAGGAACAACCAAACAGGUCAAAAGUUCUUACAGGAACAACCAAACAGGUCCAAAGUUCUGAUAGAGGAACAACCAAACAGGACAAAAGUUCUGAUAGAGGAACAACCAAAAAGGUCCAAAGUUCUUAAAGGCACAACCAAACAGGUCAAAAGUUCUUAGAGGAACAACCAAACAGGUCAAAAGUUCUUCCAGAGGAACAACCAAACAGGUCAAAAGUUCUUACAGGAACAACCGAACAGGACAAAAGUUCUGAUAGAGGAACAACCAAACAGGUCAAAAGUUCUUCAAGAGGAACGAUCAAAAAGGUUUAAAGUUCUUAGAGGAACAACCACACAGGUCAAAAGUUCUGAUAGAGGAACAACCAAACAGGUCCGAAGUUCUGAUAGAGGAACAACCAAACAGGUCAAUAGUUCUGAUAGAGGGACAACCAAACAGGACAAAAGUUCUGAUAGAGGAACAACCAAACAGGUCCAAAGUUCUUCCAGAGGAACAACCAAACAGGUCAAAAGUUCUUACAGGAACAACCAAACAGGUCCAAAGUUCUGAUAGAGGAACAACCAAACAGGACAAAAGUUCUGAUAGAGGAACAACCAAAAAGGUCCAAAGUUCUUAAAGGCACAACCAAACAGGUCAAAAGUUCUUAGAGGAACAACCAAACAGGUCAAAAGUUCUUCCAGAGGAACAACCAAACAGGUCAAAAGUUCUUACAGGAACAACCGAACAGGACAAAAGUUCUGAUAGAGGAACAACCAAACAGGUCAAAAGUUCUUCAAGAGGAACGAUCAAAAAGGUUUAAAGUUCUUAGAGGAACAACCACACAGGUCAAAAGUUCUGAUAGAGGAACAACCAAACAGGUCAAAACAGCCAAAAACAGUGUUUCGGACUCUGAACUGUUUCCUUUGUUCAUUUCACAGUCCAGUCUGAACCCCUCAGAACAACAAACUUUUUGGAUCAAAAUUUUCUCUUGUCUGUGCUCAGACUGUCUGGGUAUUUUCACUCAAAAAUCUGCUCUGCAUUUACAGACAUGGUCUAAGUGUUGCUUUCAAGUAAAGCUGCAGCAUUGCAGGAAUGCUUCAACAUGUGGAUCAGCUGAGAACGUCUGACAGAUGUGCGCUGAUGUCCUCAGCUGCAGCAUAGACUUCCUAAGAAAUUCAGUUGAGCUGUUUAUGAAAAUCUGUGUGUCUGAGACCCAUUAGUACUUCAAUUAUAUCAUCGGUUUCCUCAGAAGAGCUCAUAAAUAUAAAAACUUGGAGUGCUGUAAAACUCCCUUGGUACUUUUUGGCACUCCUAGGCUAUCAUACCUGGAUUCAGGGCCAUAAAAUUGAGCAGAAACUUCAAACUGGGUCCUAAAGUGAACCCAGUUAAACUGUCCAACUCUUUACAGCUUGGUACCAAAUGAAUUUUUCCCCUCCUGAAAAAUCUGUAAAGGUUUUUUUUAAAUAACGUAUUUAAUUACUUCAGACUAAACGUUGUGAAUACUUUUCUGUAAUAAGGCUGAGUUGGUGUUUGAUUUUAAAGCAGCUCCUUUAAGUUUCCAUGAACAGCCUGAACACACUGUAAGAGCUUGAGAAGACAAUAAGAACAAUAUUAAUACACUCUCUGUGGCAAAAAAAAGUUUCUGUUACAAAAAAUAGUUUUACCCCUUUAAAUUUUAUUUUUUAUAAAGGAACUUCAUUUUAAUUUCUCUGAGAAAAGAAGCAUAUACGAACCUUGUGCCUCAAUCAAACAGGUAUUUUAAACAACUUAAAGAGACCGUUAUUGGCGAUCAUGAAUCCUGACUUAACGAAUCGUUUUACUGUCUGUUGACUGCUAACUUCUGGUGAAAUUUCCUUUCAAAAUAAGAGCAUCGGUCUCUGUUUUUAAAAAUAAUAGCAAAUGGGGAUUGUACCUUCAAAAUAAGACUGGCAUAAUGUGGGUCAUUUACAACCACCCUGACUUGUUUCUAAACUCUGAGUCAGCUUAAAGGUGGGGUUGUCAGGAUCUGAGGAAGUCCCAGUUUUUAGGAGAAAUCUUGAAUGUAAACUCUACCCCUCCCAACCAGUUUUCCCCUCAGCUCCUCUUCUCCCCUCCCUCUUUGCUCCAGCAAGCCCCGCCCACAAACAGACGCUCCUGCUCGCUCAUAUUGUUCCAAUUAAAUUCAGAUAUAAUGCAGAUAAAUACUUCAGAUAAUUACAAAUGGGGCCAGGACCAGGACCUGAGGUCAGCAGUUUAGCGGCGAUACGACACGCUACAGCAGGUCCCGUUUGACAAGAAACACUUCUGUUACAGACACUUGGCUUACUUUGUCAAAGCGGUUUACCUGUCCAGCAGAAAGGUUACAGGGUCACCAAGAUCCCGAAGCGUCCCCCAUCGUUCAUGUUGACCUGGCUCUUUUAGCUCUUGUCCGGUCUACCUUCUUUUUAAGUGCCUGUUAUUCUGCCAGAGUCUCCAGUAUUUACUUCACUUUCUUGCUUGUGUUGGCAGUCGUGGCCAAUGGAGGAUUCAGACAAUUUUCUGUACUUUCUGGUUGGUUUCUAUUGUCUGAUAUUGUAGCAUGUUAACUUUGUUUGGGUUAGUGAAUGACACAGGGGAGCAGUGUCUGCCUCACAACCAAUCAGCACUAAGGAGCAGUAUCAGCCUCACAACCAAUCAGGUUUGGGGAGGCAGGGAAUGGCUUUGUUUACACUCAGAAAGAGCAGGCCGCUCAAAAAUGUUAAAAUGUUGACUACACAGACAUAAGAAAACACAGGGAUAUUGUUAUAUUCCCAAAUGUCAUCAAUAACUAAUAACUAUUGACUGAUAUUAAAAGCUUUUCUGUGAAUACACCACAAAAAAAGAUGCUCCUUUAACGGAUCCUGCCUAACCCACCUUCAACACAGGAGACAGCGGGUUACGAUGACCCUGAAACUCGGUGUGUUCAGUCUCUGUUGUCCUGGUCCAAAGUCUAAUGGGUCCCCUUAAACCGAGGCUACAGUCUUCAUAGCAGUGGUGGCUGGUUCAACUCCCAGCAGUUCAACUCCCAGCUGUGGGAUUUUCCCAGUUUCCUAUCUCUCAUCAGCCGGAGGAAAGAAUGUCCAAAAACUGUAACUUUGAAAUAAAAAAGGACUAAAACUGAAUAUCUCUGCAGGGUCCUGGGGGGGAGAGAGGUCUUCCUGGACCUGAUGGACCGCCUGGCUCUCCUGGACACCCGGUCAGUACACAGUUGAACCAUCUAAAUCAUGGCUCUGAGUUUGAUCAAGGGCAGACAGGAAUCAUGACCACAGGAGGUGUUCAGCUGAGGACUGUCAUAGCCAAUCACAUCCAACUCUGGUCAAAUGGCGGGCUAACAGAGUUUAUAAUAACAGCAUGAAAAUACAGAUACUCUAUCCAGGAGAUGUGGCUCAUGAUCUCUUUAUCUGCUCCGACUCUGCAGGGUGAUCCGGGAACAGCUGGUGCUAAAGGAUCAGAUGGACGCCCCGGCCCUAACGGACAGAAGGUGUGUGACACACUUGGCUAAAUUCAUGAGGUUUUCUUCCUCAACUGCAGUGAGGUCGUGUCUCUGGAGUGAUGGAGUUUAGUUGUGGUCAGGUGAUUUCUCAGAUCUCUUCAUUCCAGACUUUCUUAGGUUCCUCUCGGCACAUUGAUACAGGCUCCAUCUGCAGUUCUGUAUUCAGUGAUUGGCUGUUUCAGAAGAUGUAUUGAGACAUGUUAAAAAUUUGACUAAUGGAGGAUCAUCAGCAGGGGGGUGAGCUUCUGGAGGUCCCAAAACCCUUCCACUCAGAACUGCUUUACUUGACCAUGUCUUCCAUUUUUGUAGGAUAACUUUACUAUAUUAGCUAACUGAGGUCCAGAGUGCCGUUCCAUGGUCAGGUUACGAUGAGAGUGCCUUUUGCUGGAUCUAAAGCAAAGUUCUAACAAAGGUUUGAACUUGCAUCAAAAGUGACAGUGCUUAAUGUUCUCCUCCUCUCUUCUCAGUCAUCCCUCUUUCAUCAGGGAAGGGAUUUUUAUUUUCGUAGGAUGGUAGGGAGAGGUCCCGCCUCCUUCGCCUCUGAUUGGCUGUGAAAUGUCAUCACAUGCUCAACCUGAGCACGGGCUGUUGGCUCUGUACACCUAACAGAACAUUACAGACAUUACGCACGCAAGGUCCAUCACGCUGAAAAAAAUCCGUAUGUAUCAAUGUGUGCGGGCGCCGAAAUCCACGUGUUUCCUUGAUAAAUCCCAAUCAGCGUGGAAUUGAGCGCAGAUGUCGGAGUGACUGGGCCAGCCCCCGUUACGCCCUCCUAUAAAUAUGCAGAUUUAUUUAUAUAGGGUCUCCCUGUCCUCGCACGCAAACAAAAUGACAAGAAAAACUAAAUUUACGGCGUGCGAGGUGGAGGUGCUGGUGGCGGAGGUGGAGGAGCGACAGCCUGUUUUGUUUGGCAGCCUGUCCAGUGGCGUCAGUGCAAAACAAAAACGCUUGGAGUGGGAGAAAGUUUGCGAGAGGGUGAACGCGGUGGGUUCCGAGACACGCACCCCCGCGGAGAUUUAAAAAAAAGUGGUCGGACCUCAAGGUGGAGGUCAAGCGGCGUACAGCUGCCCUCCGGAGGAAUACCGGCCAGACAGGUGGGGCUCCGGGGGAGGAGACCCUCACGCCGUUUGAGCAGCGGGUGGUGGCGAUUAUUAUUAUAGGGUAAGUGGCGUGUCACACAAAUGUCCACAUGCUUUGUCAUCCCACUGAGCAAAAGACGUAUAUUAGACGUCUAGUCUAAGUUUAUACUUCAUUUCAACGUCGGGAUUCAGUCUAUUUUUAGACGUGAUUUAUACUUCGCCCUUAACUUCAUUUUUCGAUAACUUUUUAUGCAAUAAACAACUGUAAUGUGCAUAACUGACCUCUAAAUACUGGAUUACAUUAUCUAUGAUACCGUGGAGAGAGAUGUUAACGCAACAGAUACACAGAAGCAGGAAUUGAAAUGAACCAAUAUUUUUAUUGUGUCACAGAAAUCAAUGUGUCGGCCGUGUCGCCGGCUUGCGGAACCCCGGCUUGCGGCAGCCCGUCCGCCGGUUCGAGGUCGUCGGCCAGGACCAGCAGCAUACGGGCCACCCCGGCCCCAGCACCAGGACCAGCAUCAGCACCAGCGCGCCGACAAGCGGUGGAGCGUCCACCAGCCGCGGCGCUUCCGCUGGACCACCCGGACGCAGUGGAAGGGUCCUCACGGAGGCGGUCCUGCAAUCGCAGGAAGAAAUCAUCAGGGGGAUCGCGGGGAUCAACGAGCGGCUGGACCGGCUCGUAAAUGUCCUCGAGCGUCUGGUGGAGAAAAUAAAUUAAUUUGGCUCAUUGAACUGUGUAUUCACUUCUUACCCAUUCACACUGUGGCGAUGAGAUUCUCCCGCGUGAGGACGGCGGCCCGGCAGGGAUCAGCUCGCAUCCCUCCGUCUGCUGCUGGUUCGUCAUGUGGGGCGACGUGCUGCUCGGCCACGGGGAUGUGGUGCACGCUUGUCACAUAGUGAGUCACCAAACACCGCCACACAGCGUCGCCAAAGUGCCACCAACGCAAGUAUCAGCUCAAUGCCAACUUCUACACCACCUCCUCACUUUGCGUUGAUUAGCGCUGGAACUGACGCUCGUUUCGCGAUGAUAAAUCUGGACGUGUGCGCCGAUUUUGGCGUACGCAAGGUUUUCUGGCGCCGCCAGCGUUGAUACAUAAGGCCCCAGAUCUUUUCCACCAGACUUGUACAAGGGAAUAACUUUGGCUGUUUUCAUUUCAUUUGGAAAUAUUCCUGUUGAGAGUGAAAGAUUAAAAAUAUAGGUCAGAGGUCUAACUACAGCUUCGAUAGUGUCCUUAAUUAACGUCAUGUCAAUCCCGUUGUUAUCUGUCGACCGUUUGCUUUUGAAUGCUGUAACAAUCCUCAUCACUUCAGUUUCAUGAGUGGGAGUAAGAAACAUAGAAUUUACAUUUGCUUCAAUCAAAUUAUUCACAUCAUCCGCAUCAACUGGUUGUACAAUAUCACUUGCCAAGUUAGGGCCAACAUUUAUGAAGAAAUCAUUAAACUCAUUUGCCAUUUGUUCCUUAUUGGAUAUAUAAAUAUCACCCUUUAAUAUGGAUUGAGGGAAAUCCGCUUUCCCCAUGUUUUUUUAAAUCAAGCUGUUGAUUACUUUCCAUGUCUCUUUUAUGUUGUUUCUAUUCUCUUCCAUCCGCUUACUGUAAUAAUUGUCUUUACAUAUCCUUAAUAUAUUUGUCACUUUAUUUUUAUAUAACUUAUAUUUUCUUUCAGCUUUUUCUGUUCUACAUCGUAUUAAUUCUCUAUAUAGUCUAUUUUUCUUUUUUAUUGCAUUCUGUAGGGAUUUUGUUAUCCAAGGCUUAUUUUCUUAUUUGUUUCUGUCCUUAUGUGUUCUCAAUGGGCAGUUCUUAUAGAUGUGUAGAUGUGUUCAAACGAGACAAAUUGAUUAGAACUGAAUAAGUUAAAGAGAAAAGAUAAACCAUUUCUGUGCCACACCUUAAAGGCCGAGUCCUCCUGAGAUGCAAGUGGUUAUAUAGGAUUGGAAGGCAGAGAAUAGCUUGUUUGUGAUUAAAAUGGGUUCUGAAUUGGUUCCAGAUACGCAAUGAAUUUUUAACCGUUGGGUUGCCAAUGUAUUUACCAAUGUUGAGAGGAAGUGGUCCUGAGAGCAAAGAGAUGUGAGCAAUGGAGCGAUUACUCUGAAGUUCCAUCCCAGCCCAGAUUGGGCUUUCCUUGUUGGAAAAGGCACUGAACCAGUACGGGAACUUAGCUAAAUUUGCUGCCCAGUAGUAGUGAAGAAAAUUUGGUAGGCCUAGACCUCCUUCUACCUUGGGUCUUUCUAAGUAAAUUCUCUUCAUAAGGGGGUUUGAAUUCUUCCAUAGGAAGGUGGAGAUAUACCGAUCCAAUUGCUUAAAAAAUAAUUUGCAAAGAUAUAUAGGUAACAUUUGGAAUAAAUACAUGAAUCUCGGUAAAACGCUCAUUUUGAUGGUAUUAGCGUGUCCUGCUAAAGAAAUUGGGAGAUUUGCCCAGCGAGAUAGGUUUGACUUUGUUCGAGUCAUGAGAGAUGAGAAAUUAUGCUUGAAAAGCUCAGACAUUUUACAUGUUACACUGAUUCCCAGGUACAAGAAACUCUCUGUUACCAGUUUAAAAGGAAAUCUAUCAUAUGCUAUCUCCUCAGCUAAUUUGUUAAUGGGGAAGAUCAAACUUUUAGCCAAAUUCAAUUUAUAACCAGAAAAUUUUCCAAAUUGUUUCAACGUCUCAAGUACAUGGGGAAUGGAAGUAACAGGGUUAGCGAUAUAGAGUAGCAAAUCGUCUGCAUAGAGUGAGAGUUUGUGCACCGUUUCGUUUCUUGUCACACCCAAAAUAUUAUUGUUGGACCGUAACGCUAUAGCCAGCGGCUCUAUAGCCAAGUUAAAGAGGAGCGGUGAAAGGCAACAACCUUGCCGUGUACCUCUGUAGAGUGAGAAGUAAAUGGAAGUAAUAUUAUUGGUGCAAACCGAGGCUUUUUUAUCCACUUACAAAAUGUUCUGCCAAAGCCAAAUUUGUUCAGAACCGCAAAAAGGUACUUCCACUCCACUCUAUCAAAUGCCUUUUCGGCGUCGAGGGCGAUGACGGUUUCCGGCUGAACGGUUGAAUGGUCUGCGUAAAUAAUAUUAAAUAAGCGUCUCAUAUUAAAGAGGGAUUGUCUCCCUGACAUAAAACCAGUUUGGUCUGGAUGGAUAAUUGUAACAAUAACUGCUUCCAAUCGAUGAGAUAUAUCUUAGUCAGGAUUUUAUAUGAACAGCAGAGCAAACUAAUGGGGCGAUAGGAUUCACACACUUUUUUGAGCCAUAAAGAGAUUGUUGCUUGUGUAAAGGUUUCUGGCAAUUUCCCAGUGGUGAGAAUCUCAUCAAACAUAGAUUUAAGUAAAGGGGAAAGUUUAUCCCAAAAGAAAUAAUAAAAUUCUAUAGGGAACCCGUCUGGUCCUGGGGCUUUACCAUUUUGCAUUGAUUUAAUUGCCUCCUUGAUUUCCUCUACUGUUAUCAGGUUAUCUAUGGAAAUUUGUUGCUCUAUACUUAUACUUGGUGUGGUUAAGCCAUCAAGAAACAGUUGUGUAAGAGAUGGAUCUACUGGGGCUUCUAAGGAGUAAAGAUUUGCAUAAUAUUGACUAAACUGAUUGUUGAUAAGCAAUGGAUCAAACAUCGUUGAGCCAGGGCCAGUCUUGAUCUCUGAGAUUGCUCUCUUAGCCUCCUCCUGUUUUAACUGGUGGGCCAACAGUUUCCCCGCCUUUUCCCCAUGUUCAUAAUAGACCUGACGUGAUUUCAAUAGGUUUUUUACUGUCUGAGAAGUGGAGAGGUUAUCAAACUCCGCUUGAAGGAGAAGUCGCCUCCUGUAUAGGUCUGGAUCCAAAGAUGCAGCAUACUGAUUGUCUGUGACAGCUAUGAGCUGGGAGAGAUCAGACAGACGCUUCAUACGUAAUUUAUUUUCAGCCGCCGAGUAUGAAAUUAUUUUCCCUCUCAGGAAUGCCAGCAAGGAUUCCCAUAAGAUAUGCUGAGGAAUGCCUGGAGUGGUAUUAAUCUCAAGAAAAAAGUCGAUCUGUGCUUCCAGGAAUUGCCUAAACUUGGGGCAGGAUAGUAAUAUAGGGUUGAAUCACCAUGUACGAGGCGGUGCACUUACAUUUGGAAACUUAAUUUCCAAUCGUAACGGGCUGUGGUCCGAGAUUACAGUACUGUGAUAUUUAAUGUUAGCCACGAGAGGAAACAAUUUGUCGUCUAACAGGAAAAAAUCGAUCCUGGAGUAAGAUCGGUGUACUGGUGAAAAGAAAGAAUAGUUUUGCGUAUCAGAGUUCUUUUUUCUCCAAGGGUCAGAUAACCCAUAGGCUUGCAAAAAAUAAUUUAUUAUUAUUGCCAAUUUAGACAAACUACUAUUGGGUUUUGGGUUUGAUCUAUCAAGACGUGGAUGUAGGACCAAACUAAAGUCACCGCCAAGUAUUAAAUGAUUCGUGUUAGGAUCAGGAAGUGAUGACAUUAGGUCAGAAAAGAAUUGAGGGUCAUCCCAGUUCUGGGCGUAUAUAUUGGUUAGCAGCACUGGUGUAUUGUGGAGUAUGCCUGCAACAAUGACGAAACGCCCCAAUACAUCUGAAAUUAUUAUCUUUUGAUCGAAUGGAAUGCCUUCUUUUAUCAGGAUCGCUACCCCCCUUGUCUUACAAUUAAAUUUAGAGUGAUAGUACUGACCAACCCAUUUAUAUUUAAGCUUAGAGUGAUGUUUUAAUUGUAAAUGUGUCUCUUGUAAAAACACAAUAUCCGAUUUAAAAGAUUUUAGGUGGUUAAAUACUCUACUGCGCUUAAUUGGAUGUUUGAUUCCCUUCACAUUCCAACUGAGGAAAGUAGUAGAGCUAGCUGUCAUCAACGGUGCCCUACCUACUGACAUUUGAGUAUACUAGGAGAAAUUGGCGCAUAUCCCUCUCGAAGGCCUGAAAACACAAAAAACUUACUAAGAAAAAACUAAAAACAAUGUGCAAACCUAACAUGAAGACAUAGCCCUGGGUACCCAUGCCGGCCUCUUCCCAAAUAAGAGGCUGCAUCGCAACUCCUACUGGAGCUUCUCACAAACAUGCUCGUAGCGGGCUUCUAACCCCCGCUAGAGCCAAAAAUAAAUGUAUCAGAAACUCUUCCUAUUGUCCUCAACCGUGACUUUACCCCUUUCCUCCUUCUCAAAUUUGCUUUUUUUUAAAAAAAUUUUCUUCCUCUUCUUUUCUUUAUUUUAAUUGCUUAUAAUAAUGAAACAAAAAAUAAAUAAAGUUAAGUGAACUAACUACCAUUACUCUUUUUUGAAAGUAGACGGAAAAAAAUAAAUACAGCGGAAAAAUAAAUAAAUAAAUAAAGUACACUUUUACCAAUUAUAACUUUAAAUACUAUAUGUAUAUUUUCUUCUUUUUCCCUUCCCUUUUUCUUAAGGAAACCACUUUUCCCAACUUUUUCCCUCUUCCCCCCACCUCCCUGCCACCCUUCCUCCCCACAAUCUCCCACCCGCUCCAUGCUCUUCCCCCCUGACCCCCAUGUACACAUGCACACACACACACACACACACACACACACACACACACACACACACACACACACACACUCGCUUCUGAUCCUUGUGGAUAAUCAGAACAUAUGUAUACAGGUGCAUGAAAUGACCAUCCUCACUCAUGCGCGCAACAGUUUUCUAGACGGAUCAUGGAUCAUGUUCUAAGAGUACACUGACCGGGAAUCAGCGCAUACUCCGACAGGGUGCGCGCGCGCUAACACACACACACACACACACACACACUAAAACAGACACAUAUAGACUCACACACAACUGGAUGUGUUCCCCCCUCCCACCCCCACUCCGAGGGAAGGAGAGAGAGAGAGAAAGAGAGAGAGAGAGAGAGAGAGGAAAAACAAAACAAGUCAAGUCAGCAACCAAACCAAAUGAACCCGCAGCAAGAUUGCUGGCUGACAGUCACCAAGCGGCCGUUUACAGAAAAAAAUACAAGCCGCCUGCAAUUGUCCAAGUGUCCGAGGAAAACAAGAGUCAAAAUGGCAGUAGCAGAAUUAAAAACUUUGUUGUCCGACAAGGAUGAUAAUAGGUGAUCUGAAUAGCAACAGAUAGCAUUGGCCUUUAGCUCGUGUCAGUCAAUUUUUACUCACAUUCAUCCCCCGUUGUGUCGGCUAACUUGUCCCCUGGUGUUUGCAUGGAUGCUAACCCAAGGCACGAACUCCAUUGAAGGGCCCACAUAGCUUGGCUAUCCUUGCUGUCUGGUCCGCGUAGAUGUGGAUCCUCCGGCCGUUGUGCAUAAUGGUCCCCAUCUGGGCUGCUUUGCGGAGAACGUCCACCUUCUCCUGGAAGUAGUGGAAUUUCACCACAAUGGGCCUUGGUUGAUCUCCUCCUCUGUUCUUAGUUAGCACUCUGUGUGCACGAUCUAGGGUCGGCGUGUAGUUUAGCUGUAGGGAGUCCUGCAGGAGUUUGGCUAUGGCCUCCUCUGGGUGCGUUUGGCCGAAAGUACUGUCCACGCCAAAAAUCCUGCAGUUUUCACGGCGUUGUCUCGAUUCCAUGUCGUCUAUUUUGUUGCGCAUUCUGUCCAUUUCAUCCAUUAAAGACGAGAGCUUAGUCUCAAGUUCCACAACUCUGUCUGAAUACACAUUAGCCGAGGCCUCCAGCGACUUUAGCUGCUCCUCCUGGGCUGUUGUAGCCCUCCGGAUGGUAUCAAUGGAGGCUGUUAGCUCAGUGCGCACCGCUGAAAUGGCGGCAUGUAGCUCCGUAGAGAGACUGUCAAUUUUGUCGUUUAGCUCUUUGGACAACGUCCUCUUCGUGACAUCAAUUCUGCCGAGUACCUUGCGUUCUGAUUUCUCAAUAGCUUCUGUCAGGAUGGACACAAUGUCGGCGUCUUCACUGGUGCUGCUGGUGGGCUGUUUGGUUCGCAGUGCAUGAACUUUUGGUGUUGUCAUCUUUGCAUAGUGCGGAUUCGGCCCAAAAAGCACCAGAGUCCAGAGAACAAUAUUAAUAAUAGCCAGAUAGUUUGACUAUAGGAAAAGUAGAAUGUUUAGAGUUUAAAUUAGAGAAAGUGUUUGUCUUGAGCAGGAGCCAGUCUGCAGCACACGUCCUCACAUGUCCCAGCAUUUCUAGCUAAUCAAAGGCGAAGGAAGUGGGACCUUCUCCUACUAUCCUACAAAAAAAAAUCCUGCAUCAGGGAAGCCACAUGGUCUUUUAACCUGGAGUUUUUUAUUUGAAGGGAGUCUCCAGAAAUCCUGGAUCUUAUAGGGAUAUUCAGACAUAAAAUAAUUUAGGGUCAAACACACCAUAACACCAAGUUAGACACCCCCUCCAGAGAUGAAUGUUGCCGAACGCUUGCUUCUCUAGUUAUACCAACUUUAGUAACGACCGCAGGAUAGCAAUACACAGCAGGCUAAGGAGCCAUAAACGAACCUCAACCAAAACGCCACUCUAUAGCCACAAAUAAUGCUCAGAACAGCACCUAACUUCAUCAACAGUACAUAUAGGGUCCCAGCCAUAGUACUAGCCACCAAACAUCUUUUUAACUUUGACUAAUUUCUUUAGCAAAGAGACUAAACACAACUCACCUACUCUCUUCCAGCAGCCGCUUGUUUGUAGCGAGACCUCAGGCCAGUCCAUUACAGACUACAGCGGGGUGGCACAACUCAAGGAAGAACAUUUAGGAUCAUCUCUUUAUCAUUUCAUUGACGUAAUAAUCACCAUAUUAAUCAUUUUGCUCUGCAGACGCGGUAGUUCUUCUGAGUUAGCGUCUCGGUCUGAUUGCAUUUUCGUGAAGAGGUUGAGGUUUGUGUGUGGCUCCUCAGACCGCUGUGUUAUCCUGUGGUCGUUACUAAAGUUGGUAUAACUAGAGAAGCAAGCGGUCGGCAACAUUCAUCUCUGGAGGGGGUGUCUAACUUGGUGUUACUGUGUGUUUGACCCUAAAUUAAUUUCACGCUUGAAUAUCCCUUUAAGAUAUGUUCACAAAAGUUGGGAUCAGGGCGCCGAUAGGCUAAUGAGUUAGGUGGCCCAAAUAAUGAGGUCAUAGUCCUGGUUGCAGCAGUCACUGGUUCAAGUCACAGCGUGGACCCUUUGCUGCAUGUCUUCCCCUGCUCUGUCCUCCUGGUCCACACAGUUCUUCAGAUCCAAAAAUGCCCAGUCUCUGCCACAUUCAGAGUCCAAGGAAAACUGUGAGACAGAAAAGGGGAGACUGGAAGUGCAUCAGGCUGGGGGGGGUUGAUGCAGGAGAUGCAGGAUGUGGUUUCCAGAUGACAUCAGUUUGAGUCAACAUGAGCGCCCCAUUAGCACUGGCACAGAUUAGGAAGCGUUAGGCGCCCAUGUGGUUUUGGCUUCAGCGCUCAAUCCCUAACACUCUAUCACAAUUGGAGAGGCCGAGACAUGAACCAUCCACUGAAACAAUGAUGGUUCAAGUACUUUUGACUGAACUGUCACUGGUAUUAUCUUAAUUUUAAUUAGAAUACUCUGAAGUGUAAGAAGUGUUUGUGUGUUUAAUGAGUUAAAAAUCAUCUGGAAACUCGCACAGAGGAUGUAAAGGGUUUUUUUGUGGUUGUUUUGAAGGGCCAGCCUGGUGAUCCCGGUGUGAAGGGUACUGCUGGACAAAGGGGACAUCGAGGAAUGCCGGUAAGAAGCUGAACCUCUCUUUUGAGCAAUAUAAACGUGAGUUGGACGUUGAUAUUUGGAUGUCUGUCUGUCUUUGUCGCAGGGUCAGGAUGGCAGAGAUGGGUAUGGACUUCCAGGAUCUAACGGGGCUAAGGUAGAGCUCACCCCUACAACCAAAAUCUGAACAAUCACAGCAAGUGUCUGUCCACUGUCACAUGAAUGGAAGACACUUAGUUGUCAGGUAAAACCAGCAUGUGGAGCUAAUGUCCCAAGCAGUGCUGUCAAAUAGCGAAGAGUCAGAAAAAACCCCAAGGGACAGACUUUAGUCCUGACAUGAAGCUGAUGCAGAAGUGCAAACAAGCAGUGGUUAAGUGUCCACUAGAGGGGGGCACUGAAACCCACAUGCAUACUUACCCCCAAUUUCCACUGUAUCCGAACAGAACAUCUACGAAAAGGCCGUGUUUGCUGAUCGCAGCUGAUCGUAACCCUUCAAGUUAAUGUGUCAAUUUCCAUCGGCUUCUUUCCUCUCCUCUGCGAAUCGCUGGACUCCUCAGCUGAUCGCAAGAGUUCUAUUUUUUCCGGACGCUGGAGCAUGCCGGAUAAAGUCAGCACAGAUUAACCCGUGCUGGAAAGGAAGUCGUGCACAGACACAAAAUAAAACAUCUGGCUUCUUUUCAAAAUAAAACACUCUGUGUUUCAGGAGGAUCGUAUUUUACACCAUGCAAACGGGCGGAGACAUACAAGUGAAAGGUUUUUAGACAUCAUUUCACCCCAAUGACACCAUGGAUGAGGAGAUGCUGAUUCUAGAAGUCUAGAAGUAAUUUUCCUCCUUUGGAAGGACACAAUCUAUUGCUUACAUGUCUAUGUGGCUGUCUUUAUAGAGACAACCAGCAAGCCACUGUUCCGGAUCAGAGCCUUGUCUGAUGCAGUGAGAAUUGGGGGUCACGUGUCACGCUCAGAUUUAGUCACCAUAGUUUCCAUCAUACGAUCCGCCUGAAAUACGGAGUGUUUUAUUUUGAAAAGAAGCCGGAUGUUUUAUUUUGUGUCUGUGCCCAACUUCCUUUCAAGCACGGUUAAUCUGUGCUGAAUUUAUCUGGCAUGCUCUGGCGUCCAGAAAAAAUAGAAGUCUUGUGAUCAGGAGCCUGGUGAUCCACAGAGGAACGGAAAGAAGCCGGUGGAAAUUGACACGUUAACUUGAAUGGUUACGGCGGAGAUGGCCUUUUCGUAGAUGUUCCGUUUGGAUACGUUGGAAAUUGGGGGUGAGUCGGAUUGAUGCUGCUGAGAUAGAGGACGGAGGAUCGUAGCAACACCACAAAUUUACAGUAAUGAGUAGACUAAUCAGGGCUGGUGGUCUUUGUUGAUUCUGAUGUGUAGUUACCGUUACAGACACACCACCAAGGCUGAAGGCCCGUGUAGACCCUGUCUCUCUGUUAGGUUAAGUCAACAUUUCCAAGAUAGAAACACAUGGGUAGGGGGGAGUCGCGCUGGUCUAAUAUUUAACGAAUCCUUUCUGAUAACUGAGUUUAGUUCUUCUGUUUGCAUAGGGGGAUUCUGGUUUUCCUGGUUACCCUGGUCUGCCUGUAAGUUUCAUUCUUAUAAAUCCAUUUCCGUACUAAAGAGGCUCAGUGUUACGUUUUUCCCUGACACGAUUUUUCUGUUGUUGUUUUCAGGGAGAAGGUGGUCUGAAGGGAACUAAAGGAAACCCAGGAAGCAAAGGGAACUCAGGGAGACCAGUGAGUCAGAUCACUCCUGCUUUCACUUCCUUCUGUCCGUCUGUUCCGGUUUCUGUGGUUUUGUGCCUCUGACUUGAUUUUCUGGUCAUCCAGGGAGACUCAGGAAGACCAGGAGAUCCAGGCACACCUGGAAACCGGGGAGAUUGGGGACACAAAGUAAGCAGACAGAAAGGCUGACACCACUUUUAUUGUUUUGGCUGAUGAGAAAAAGAAUAUUUCUGAAAUCCAAAAAUGUCCAACUUCUGAAAUAGUCGAUUUCUACUCUCAGUCUUUGCUUCCUAGUAUGAGCGUGGCAGGGUGCAGAGCCGAUCAACUGAGAUGUUUUAGAAGAUCAGGUUUCUUUAAUAGCUCCUUCAGCUUUCUCUCGACAAGUAUCUCACAGCUCAGAUGAAUCAGGCACAGCAUCACCAUCAGAGAAGCAUUUGGAGUUCUGGUUCUAUGAACAGGUGCUGAGUCCGGCUAGCAGCCUUGAGCUGGUCUGUACUGUUGGGUCAGCUGUUCUUUAUUAAAGGUGGAGUAGUCAGGAUCUGAGGAAGUUCCAGUUUUUAGGAGAAAUCUUGAAUGUAAACUCUACCCCUCCCAACCAGUUUUCCCCUCAGCUCCCCCUCUCCCCUCCCUCUCUGCUCCAACAAGCCCCGCCCACAAACAGACGCUCCUGCUCGCUCAUAUCUUUCCAAUUAAAUUCAGAUAUAAUGCAGAUAAAUACUUCAGAUGAUUACAAAUGGGGCCCAGUCAAGGUGGAAGUAAAAAGCAUUGGUGCUACUGUAGAUGCCAACAGACUACCAGCAAACACAAUGUUUGUAGGACUUCUACAACUAGGAUAAAGUGACAAAGUCCAGGACCCGAGGUCAACAGUUUAGCGGGUCCCGUUUGACAAGAAACACUUCUGUUACAGACACUUGGCUUACUUUGUCAAAGCGGUUUACCUGUCCAGCAGAAAGGUUACAGGGUCACCAAGAUCCUGAAGCGUCCCCCAUCAUUUAUGUUGACCCAGCUUUUUAGCUCUUGUCCGGUCUACCUCCGUUUCAAGCACCCGUUAUUCCGCCAGAGUUUCCGGUAUUUACUUUGUUUUCUUGCUUGUGUUGGCAGUCGUGGCCAAAGAAGGAUUCAGACAAUUUUCCGAACUUUCUGGUUGGUUUCUACUGUCCGAUUUGUAGCACGCUAACUUUGUUUGGGAUCGUGAACGACACGGGGGAGCAGCGUCUGCCUCACAACCAAUCAGGUCGGGGAGGUGGAGAACGGCUUUAGAGUCAGAAAGAGCGGACCGCUCAAAAAUGUUAAAAUGUUGACUUCACAGACAUAAGAGAACUCAGCGAUAUUGUUGUAUUCCCAAAUGUCAUCAAUAACUAAUAACUAUUGACUGAUACUAAAAGAUUUUUUGUGUAUACACCACAAAAAAAGAUGCUCCUUUAACGGAUUCCUGCCUACCCCACCUUUAGGUUGACUUAUAAUAAAGCUCACGUCGUUUUUAUUCCAGGAUCAUGAAGAAAUUCUUUAGUUAUGUCACAUGACCCAAAAAUACAAAUGUAACUCCACAUGGUUUCAUACUCCUCCUCCUCCUCUUCCUCCAUCCAGGGUUCCAAAGGUCCUCCUGGAGAGAGAGGCAUGCCUGUGAGUCCACCUUAAAUUCACUUCAUCUGCCAACAUGGAGGAAAACACUGAAUAUGUUUAAACUCUUCUGACGUGAUUCUCGUUGUCUCAGGAGUGUCAGCUGAUCUCCUACAUCAGAGAAAACUGCAGUGAGUGUUGA